GGGGAGGAGCCUCUGGGCGGCUGGAGGAGGAGGCGGCGGCGCCCUCGAGGCCCCACAAUGCCCCGUCCCUCGGGGGUCCCAGGAGGAGGCUCGUUUUGACGGCCCCGGAAUAGCCCGCUGACCUGAGAUCGGAAGGGGCCCCCAGAGGUCACCCAGCCCCCUGCAAUGCACGAUUCGUCGCAUCCAUGACAGGCGGCCGUCCAGCCUCUGCUUGGGAAGCUCCAAGGAAGGAGAGCCCACCACCUCCUGAGGGAGAGCCUUCCACUGACAAGUAGCUCUUGCUGUCAGAAGCGCCUGUCUGCCAAAAACAGGGUCCGCUGAAGGAAAACCUUUUACUUUAUAUUGGUUCACAAAUGUGUGAGGAAAGUCCAAGUGGGUGUCCUGCUGCUGGCCGCCCAACCUCUGCUAAGAAACCUCUGUUCCCCUAUCAAACAGCUCUAGCUGUCAGAAAGUUCUUCCUGAUGUUUAUUCGGAAUCUCCUUUCUUGUCACUUGAAGCUCCUGGUUCGAGUCCUACCCUCCAGAGCGGGAGACAGCAGGCUUUCUCCAUCUUCCAUGCGGCAGCCCUUGAGAUAUUUGAAGAUGGGCAUCAUAUCUCCUCUCAGUCUCCUCCAGGCUAAGCGUAUCCAAUCCCCUCAAGCGUUCUGCGUAAGGCUUGGUUUCCAGACCCUUUAUCAUAUUCCUCUGCACACCUUCCAGCUUGAACAGGGAGAUGUUAGAAGAGUUGGCUUCACUCUUUCUGGAAACACACUGAGAAAUGGGUAACAGCAGAAGAAAGAACUGGCACACUGUUGGCUAGCACAAAUAUGCUGCAUAAAGUACACAGAAGAGGAAGCAAACACUGUCGUUGGUUGUGAGGAAGCUUAUACUUCUGAAAAUUUUGCAGAUGGAGAUAAAACAGAAGAGUCACUAGUGACAGAAGAGCUGGUUGUAGUAAGUUCAUACACACUGGGCCAUUGUAGGUGAUCAGAAAAAGAUAAAAUUGUUGACAAACCAUUUCCAAGCGUUAUGCAUUUGAAGAUCCAUUGCUGCAAGAAAUACCUCCGCUUCCUUGGAUGACACAUAAUAUCCUUUUUUUCCAAGCUAAAAAGUCCCCAAUGCUGCCGCCUUUCCUCAUGGGGGAGCUGCUUCAUCCCCCCCCCCCGAUAAUUUCUUUUGCCCCCUUUUACAGACCUUUUCCAGCUCUACAAUAUCCAGGGCAGAUGUGGCCACCUCUCUGCUCGCCAAGCAGAGGCCCUGUUCUGGAUCCUUGGAGAACCCCACUUUCUACAUCCCAUCCUCUUUUUCCGACACUCUGCUUGCGACUAACUUAACCAGUCCUUGACCCGCUGAUUCCAGGACUCCUAAGCUUACUGGGUGUGUGGGUGUUUUUGGUCAGAUACUUUGUUGAAAGCUGCACCCCCCCUCCAGUCCUCAGUCUCAACAUGCCUUCUGCUCCUUAGCUUGCAUCCUCCUUGGAGAUGCCAGACGGAGGCAGGGGACUCGGGUGCUUGGUCCCUAAGGGCCAUCCCUGUGCAGGGAGAGGCAAUGCUCAUCUCACAGCAGGCAAAGGGCGGGGUGUUGUGGAGGGAAGUGGGUAGUUGGGCACUGGCUCAGUCCAGGGGCACCUGCUUCUCUUACUUCAUUGGAAUCCAUGUGGGGGGCAGCUUGUGGGCCUUAUCACCACUGGAACACUCAGAUCCCGGAGGCAAGCCAAGGGGAGGAUGAAGAGAAGCUUUUGAGGGGGACCAGGGACGCGGAUGGCGCUGUGGUCUAAACCACUGAACCUCUUGGUCUUGCCGAUCAGAAGGUCAGCGGUUCAAAUCCCCAUGAUGGGGUGAGCUCCCGUUGCUCGGUCCCUGCUCCUGUCAACCUAGCAGUUCGAAAGCACGCCCAAAAGUGCAAGCAGAUAAAUAGGUACUGCUCCAGCGGGAAGGUAAAUGGCGUUUCCAUGUGCUGCUCUGGUUUCGCCAGAAGUGGCUUAGUCAUGCUGGCCACAUGACCCGGAAAAACUGUGGCCAGCCUGGCUCCCUCAGCCUGUAAAGCAAGAUGAGCGCCGCAACCUCGAGUCACCUUUGACUGGACUUAACUGUCAGGGGUCCUUUACCUUUAAGAUUUGAACUGGAAAAAGAUGGGAUCGCCUGCCCUGCCCUUCCAGACUGUUCUGCACCCAAUUCUAAGGGCUGCAGGCCUUAGGUUCCGGACCUUUAAAGUCCAAACUUCCCCUUGCGGCCAGGACACAGGCUGAGGGCUGCCCUCUGCCAAGGUUGGCUGCCCUGUAAUUCCUGGGCUUGAGUCAAGAUGCCCCCAGUGGUGUUUAAAGCUCCAAAGGACCCGGCCUCUGAGAGACCACCCCUUCCCCCAGACCUGCCUGGGCAUUAAAAUGAGGAGGGCUCUCAACAGUUGUUCUGGUAUGUGUGGGGUGAGUAGGUGGCUCGUGGGAGAGCCUUCUCCACAGUGACCCCUUAGCUGUGGGCUCCCACCCCCCCGUGCUCCUGGCAUCUUCGUGGGUCAGCUUUUGAUGCAUGCACCUGCCCUUGCUCUGUGACAGUGACUUGUUCUAAACUCUUUUAAAUCUGCCAUGGCUCCCUCCCCUCGGAGGGAAUAUGAAGGGCAGAGAGGCCCACUUUGGCUUUCUCUGGCUUUUCAGACUCAAUGCCUUUCUGUGAGGUGUAUAGUUGCAGAUCUUCAGCUGUGGGAAUUUUGGUGCUGCUGUGCGUUUUUGUAACAUACUUUUAAUUAUCUGCUGCCUCCCCUAAUCAGCCCCCCCCCCCGGUGGUAUGGGAAACAUCUCCCAACCGGAUGAGGCUGACAGGAGCAGCCCUCCAAAACAACAUCCUGGGGGGCACCUGGGGGGGGGGAAGGCUGUUAUAUGCCUUCCUUAGGGGUUAUGGUUUUAAUGUUUGGUUUAUGGCUUUGGUUUUGAUGUGUGCAAUUGCAAGGCAUCCAGAGAAUGUUUGCUACCAGUAACAGUUGAAAGAAGGAAGGGGCAUGGAAAGGGUGUCGGGGGCCUUGACAGCUGACCUGCAACUGUGGGCAUGGGGCGGCCCUCCUUUCCAGAGGCUGGUGGGGCUGGCAGUGAGGGCACCCCCUGGGCUGGGGGUCUGGGACUCUGGCCUGUGCUGAAGCCUCAGAGCAGCUUCUCAAGAUCCUGGCCAUCUUGUUGAGCUUGGCUUCUUCUUCACCCACAUUCCCACCUAUCUCUUUUAAGGAUCUAAAUAUAUCCUGCGCAUUCAGAGAACCGAUCCUCUGGCCCUUUGGCACCUGGAGGCUGAGGCUGCUGCCCUUUUCUCCUUGGGCCUGGCAAGCCCUGCACAGGUUGCAAGUUGCACCUUUUGGGGUGACCUGCUUGUCAGCCCCACACUCUGUAGGUAGCUGAAGCUCCCCUGAGCACACACAGAAAUGGACUGUCAGCUUCUAGGACCUGGCUGGGUUUUUCUCGCCACUGGAGGGCAGCACCACAUUGCCAGGCGAGGCCCUUAUACAACUCCCCAUCCUCUGCUCCCCACCCCCAUAUGGAGAUUCCAUCCCCGCUCUCCAAAUGGAGGCUCAGCUGCAGAAGGAAGGGAAGAAGGAAGGGAGGAGAGGAGGCCCCUCUUCCUCCUCCUUCCAGGGCCCACUGGUCUCCUUCCACCUGAGCCCUCCUGGACCACAGAGCCUGCCAGGAGGCUGCUGAGGGCUCCCCAGGGUGGGGUUGUUGCAGCAGCACCCCUGCCUCUGCCAGGGACCUCCUGUAGUUUCCCACCCCACCCCGCUAUAGACCAUCUGGUGGUUGUGGGGAAAGGGGGCUGAAGAGGCUGUCCCAGCCCCCAGGCCAGUUGGCAUCCAGCUUCCAGGGGUGACAAGUGCCCCUCUGGUAGCAAAAGGAGGAGUCUCCAGCCAAGUUCAAGAAGCAAAACAGCGGCCAGCAGACCUGAUCUUUAUUUGUUGCAACAAGGCGCAAACACACAAAGAUCAGGAACCCCGAGCCUGGGGCUGCGUGGACUUUUAAGACCUCUCCCCAUUUCCCAUAAUACAUUUUUUCAACAGCAUCAUCAAUACAUCAGAAAUGUCACAAAGUUAGGAGUGUUUGGCGUGUAGAAACAUGAGCCCAUCACCCAACCCUCUGUUCACCAUCCUUGUUCCAGUCACCUUUUAAGUACCUGGACUUAAGUUCCCAAGAACAAUAAAAGUAUUUACACAUCCCCCUAGCUGCAAGGCUUUCCUGUGCUGCUCCUUUGAAAGUAUCAGAAUUCAAUCCACCAUCCCUGGAUUUCUGCCUGUGGUAUGUGCUGUCCUUGAUCGCUUCCUGCCUCCUAUUCACACCUUAUGGAGGGGCAAGGAGUGUGACCUUUAUGUUUAAGGGAUUAUGGAGGCAGGGUGGGUCCUGAUUCCCCUCUUCCAGAGGAGAUAUUAACCACUGGAACCAAGGAAAUCGGUCAAACCAUUGAAUUUUGGUGAUAGUUUCUACAGUUUUCUAUAUUGGAUAGUCAGAGGAAACAGUAAGAUACAUGGUAUCUGCUUAUUGCUACAAUCUUAUAGCCUCUGCAUGUGUGGUGCUUGUGUAAACGGUGAAGAGAAACGGUCAGGUUCAUUCUCCUGGCCUUAGUUUGAGGCGGGGGGGGGGGACUUGGGAUAUUUGGGGAGUCAUCUAACUGCCCUGCCCCAUCCCUGGUUUUAACACCUUGCACAGACCACUUGCUCUGCUACAGGAAGAGCCUUGGCUCAUUUGGGGGGGGGGGGAGGUGAGGACACCUUAUUUGCAUACAAAAGGUCCCAGGGAGGGAGAGAGUCCUUUCAAGGGUUAGGUUUAAAAAGUCACCCUCCUGUUAUUUGACGGCACACACUGUUGUGAAAAUGGGGCUUCCCUGACCACAGCUGUGUUGUUGGCAUCACCUGGUGGGCCCAGGUGAGCCCCCCCCAUCCCUGCUUGAGACCCUGGAGAGCCACCUGCCAGCCAGGCAGACCAGUGUGGCCUGAGGUGGUCCAAGGCAGCAGCUGCUCCUCUUGCAGGCCCUUGAUGGCUCCUAGCCAGGACUGCCAUGCUUCUGAAUGCUAGUUGCUGGAAACUGCCCUUGUGCUUGGUUCCUGCUUGCAUGUUUCCACAAUGGGCACCUGCUUGGCUACUGUGAGGACCGGAUCCUGGGCUAGGUGGGCCCCUUUGGGUCUGAUCCUGCAGGCUUUCCCUCUCUUCUUACGUUCUUACGCUUCCUCUGUCCCUUUGCUUGCUGUUUGGCCCUUAGGGUGGCAGCAAUGGCGGCUGUUCUCUUGGGGGGGGUGUUGGGGUAAGGGGGGCUCGCCUUGGAUUUGGGGGGCCCCAAUGGCUGCCUGAUCCUAACCUGUGAACUGGGCCACAGCAUGUAUGUGUGUGUGCACGCGCGCAUGGUGCCGAUUGGGUAUUUGCCAGAGGAGGGAGAGGGGCUGGCCAGAGGUGGGGGUGGGAGGGAAGGGGGUGCCCGGGGGCCUUUGCUUAAUGCUUCCCUUUCCACUUUGCGCAGAUGUGCGAGGAGCCCCUAUGCACCGCGCCCAGUACAUGCACUCCCCUUACGACCGGCCUUGGAACCCACGAUUCUGCAUCAUCUCCGGAAACCAGCUGCUGAUGCUGGAUGAGGAAGAGGUGAGAGGCCGGCAGGUCGUGGGAGAGGGGGGAACGGGGAGGGUGGGGUGGGCAUUUUGCUCCCGGGGGGCACCGGGGGGAGCCCAUUGGAGGCCUUUAAGGCAGCGCAUCACCACCAUUGCCCAGCCACCCUGAGACAUACAGCUCCUACAACUCUGUAUGCAAUUAAAUAGAACUUCCCAAAGACCAAAUAUAAAAAUAAGACUUAUAUUCCACCAAGUGUCCGUUUCUUUAAAUAUAGCUUUUACAUAAUGUAUGCAGUACCAAAAUCAUAUUCAGGUGCAAUACAGGAAGUCUCAAAGCCAAAGCUCCAUCCAAAUAUUCCUUCAUUCAGUAAAGAGAAAAUAAUCACUACAAGUGUAAUAAGAAGAAGUUGGUGGAGGAUAACCCACACACCAGAAAAAGCUGUCCACAUCCCCGAGAGUGUUGUAGCUUUCCUCUCAGUCACUCAAACUGCAGUCCCCCAGCUGUGUGAAAUCCUGAGAUCACUGGAUGCCAAUCUCUGUGUCCAAUGUCUUCCUCUGGUCGGCCCGCAAUGGAACGAUAAGACGGCAAAGCACAUACUCAAAUAGAAAAGUCAGUUCCUUAAAACGGAGAAGGCACUCUGCUCAUUGUGUAAGGGUUGUCGCUGCUAUAUGUAAAGAAACAGACACUUGGUGGAAUAUAAAGGUCUUAUUUUUAUAUUUGGUCUUUGGGAAGUUCUACAGAACUUGCAUACAGAAUUGUGUGACUGUUUCUUUAUUUCUCUGCAUUCCUUAGCAUUUUAUUUUGCUUGCCCUGAGAUGUAUGGCAAAUUCGUGGAGGAAAGGGCUACUGAGGGCUACCAGCUGCCACGGCUGGAGGCAGCAGGAAAGGAGAGUUGCUCUUGGGUUCAUAGAGUCAUAGAAUCACAAUACUGCAGAGAUGGAAGGAACCCCGAGGGUCAUAUGGCUGUCCGACCUUUGCUUAAAAACCUUCUGGCGGUUCCCUCCCUGCGAGAAGUGAGGUUACAGGGAGAGGGCCUUCUUGGUGGUGGCACCUGCCCCGUCAAACAUCCUCCCAUCAGAUUCAAGGAAAUAACUGAUUUUUAGAAGACAUCCGAAGGCAGCCCUGCUCAGGGAAGUUUUGAAUGCUUGGUGGAAGGCAUAUAAAUAAUAAGUUAUUGUUAUUAUUAUUACCAAGGGAGAGUCCACCACCUUCUGAGGGAGACCAUUCUGCUGUCAAGCUCCUCUUAUCCUCAGAAAGUAAUCUACCACCAGGUGUUGGGGAGAGGAGAUAGAGUCAAAAGAAGCAGGCAAUGGGGCAGAAAAGGCUCCUCUUCCCUGGGGUGUGUGUAUGUGUGUGUGCGCGCUCCUUCUGAGCAGCCAGAGGACGUGUCAGCAGCAGACAUUCAAAGCACACAGCUUCCCUUAAAGAACUGUAGUUCACCUUGCACAGAGCUGCAAUUUCCAGCAAACUACAGUUCCCAGGAUUCUUCAGGGGGAGCUGUGUGCUUUGAAUGCCUGGUGUGGAUGUGGCCAGGGUCGGUGCCUUGGCACCCAUCGCGGACUCACUGGUUUGGUCAGAGUCCUGUCCCCCCCCCCUUGUUGAGUUGGGGCCUCGUCUUCUGCUUCUGCUUCUGCCCUGGGAGCACCACGUUGGCCCCCGAAGCUGCUUGGGUGUGGGGUGGAGCGGGUGGGUCUUGGGGCUCCUUUCCCCUCUGCUAUCUCUUGGGUCCUUGUGUCUGCCUUUCUCCUUGGCCAGAUCCACCCCCUGCUCCUUCGAGAACGCCAGCGGGAUCCCGCUCGGAACAAGCUCCUGCGCCGGACCGUCAGCGUCCCUGUGGAAGGGAGACCCCACCCAGAGCACGGUAGGGGACUUUGAGGUCACCUUUUUGCCCCUGCUUUUCCUCUCAGCUGCAAGGAGGGGGUUCUGGGUUCCACGCGGAGGAGCACAGCCUCUGGGGCAGAGGAGACUGGCAGGAAAAGAGCACCUUGAAGGCAGGAUCCACCCCAUGUCUAGCAGGGUGGCACUUGGGUGUGGGGCUGCCCUCCCCCCGGAGGAGGAAUAUGGUACCAAAGCUGUUGGUCUGUCUCUGAGAUCCACAGGCGAUGCUGCCACCCUCCCCUCAGCCAAAAUCUCCUUCCUCCAGGGACAUUAGAGCACACGGAGCAUGUCAAAAGUGCUGUGGGGGUCAUGAUUACAAACCCAUAGAUGCCCCUCCAGCACAACCAGGGCCCUCACCAAAGCAGCGUGCUGUGCUCAGGCCACUGGGACCCCCCCCCAUCUCAAUCCAUGCAGGUCCCCCCCCCCCCCAGGGAAAUUCAACCUCCUUACCUAGCUAUGUUGGAAACCCAAAGUCAGGACAAACUCCCUGCGUGGGGGGUGGGGGAACCAGGGCACACCCCCCCCCACGGUGGUGCAUCCCAGGGGAUUUGGUGGUGAAAGUGCUCCCAGCACAGGGGGUUGAUCCAAGUGAUCCACUGUGUGCAGUGGCUUUGAUAAAGGCAAAUUCCAUGCUAGCGAUCAUUAGGAAAGGAGCUGAAAAUAAAACUACAGAUGCCGUAAUACAAAUCUGUGGUGUGACUGCAUGUGGAGCCCUGUGUCCUGUUCUGGUCACCUCGCCUCACAAAGGAUAUCGUAGAGUUGGAAGAGGUUGAGGAAAGGGCCACUGAAGUGAUCCAGGCGAGGGAGCGAAGAAAGGUUGCAGCAGUUGGGACUUUCCAGCUUCGAGAACAGGCGAGGAAGAGACAGGAUAGAAGUUGAUAGGAUUAUUCCUGGCCUGGGGACAACUGGUUGGCCACUGUGAGAAGAGGGAGCUGAACUAGGUGGCCUGAUCCAGCGGGCUUUUCCUACGUUUCCACGCCAGGCAGUGCCCCAGGCAGGGCUGUUGAGAAUGUGAGGGAUCUUCAGUCAGUUCUGUUCCCUCAAAUCCUCCUCCGAAAGCUCCCCUGGGUAGGAAAGGGAGGAGCAGAAAUUCCCAUAUAGUGAAUGAAAUGGUGUGCUCUGAAUGGGGCCUGAGCUGGCAGAGGCUGGCCAGGGGGCUCAGGACCAAGAGGUUGUGUCCCUUUCGUCUGCUUGUGUGAAAUCACACGGGAGGCCCCCCUCCCAUGACUCUUGGGGGGUCACUGGGGAAAGGGAGGGAGCUUCUCUUUCCCCGACCAAUCCCCUCCUUAACAAACCUGUACCUUAAUAAUACCUCUAAUCCAGACCAAUUUGGGGUGGGGGGUGUUCACAGGUGCCUGCCUCGUUUUCCCUUCUGCGUACAGUUGCCAUAUGUCCUGAAAAUCCCAGACACGUCCUCUUUUGGGGGACCAACAUGCCUGACUGGGGAGAAUUUUAUAUUUUAAAGGAAAUGUCUGGGUUUUUUUGGGGGGGGGGGUUAUUUAUUUAUUUAUUAGCCUCAGGCUGGCAGGGGUUUGGGCUGUCCUCUUUUUUGCUCUUCAGGAUAGGACAGCCUACUUCUGCGGUGAUGUCUGCCCAGUCACUGUUCCUUAGGGGACUCUCCUUACCUUCCCCAUGUCCACCCCCUGCAUGGGUCGCCAUGGGGUGAAAGUCCCCCCGCAACUACCCCAUGGAGAUUUCACUUGGGCUCCCCACACAAGUGCCACCGUGGGGUGAGAGGGGGCAGUAGAUAAUGGAGUUGGGGUGCCCCAGAUUAGCUGAGGACACCCAGUUGUUCAGGGUGUGGGAGACAAAGAAGGGAUUUUGAGGCGCCCCAACAUGAUCUCUCCAACGUGGAUGGGUGGGUGGCACUGGCAUUGUGGUGGGGUGCAGCGAGAGGGGUCGCGUGGGGGCCCGGAGGUGGUGGAGGUGGGCCCACAGGGACAUCUUUGGGCAUAUAGGCAGUACAAGGAAGACGAGGGUGCUGCUGAGCAAAGCGCUGGUCCCUGAGCAGCCACAGCCAGGGCUUCUGGUCAAAGGGCAUGAUAGGACCUGUGGGCAGAGUGUCUGUUCUGCAUGCAGAAAGCCCCGGGUUCAAUGCCACGUGGCAUUUAUAGGGGCAGACAAACCCAUGGCCUGGCUUGGUGGGGAGAUUGUGCCCCCUCCCUGGAAUCCUAGAGAAAGCCAGCAGGCAGGGCAGGCUGGAGUGAGCUAAGUGGACUGACUCAGGAUACGUUCCUCGUCUCGUCCUUCAAGACCCCAUCCCAAAGGGACCCCAAGUAUUCCCUGAGGAGCCUGCCCUGGCCCCACUGCAAGGGCUCAGGGUGAGUUGCAGUGUGUCCUCGUCCCAUGGCCGCUUGGUGGCUUGUGUGGAUGGACUGGGGUUUGGACCUGGUCUCUGGAGAGGCAAAAUAACCAAGGCCAUGGAGGAGGAGGAGGAGGAGGAGGAGGAGGAGGAGGAGGAGGAGAAGCAGCAGCAGCACCAGCAUGGCUUCUGCAAGGCCCAGUCCCAGCUCACAAACCUGUUAGAGAUAUUUGAGAGUGUCAAUAGCUCAGUAAUAAUAAUAACAACAACAACAACAACAACAACAACAACAAUAAUAUAUUUAUAUCCCACCCUCCCGAAGCAAAGCUGGGCUCAGAGCGGCUAACAACAAUAAAAGUAACACAGCAUUCUAAAAUCAAUUUAUUUUAAAACCAAUUCACUUCUAUAGACAGAGGGGAUUUGGAUGAUGGGGACCUUGGACUUCCAAACAGCUUUGGGCAGAGUGAUGUCGGGGGGGGGGAUCUUAACUUCACCUACACACUCCUGGGGUCUGAACGGGAGGUGACAGCCCAGGAGCGAGACCUUGGGGUCAUAGCAGGGACCUCUAUGAUCAUUAGAAUAGGGAUCGAAGACAUAACUGCCACUCUUACCAUUCCAUUAUACAAAUUGAUGGUGCAGCUGCAUGUGGAGCCCUGUGUCCUGUUCUGGUUGCCUCAGCUCAGAAAGGAUAUUGCAGAGUUGGAAAAGGUUCAGGAAAGUGGCCCAGGGAUGGAGCAGUCCCCUGUGAAGAAAGGGACUUUUCGUGUAGAAAAAAGGCAAGUGAGAAGUGAGAUGGUUGGGUGUUUGUGAAGUUAUUGGGUCCUGCUUCUUCCGUCUGGGACACCUGGUCGCCCCCCGUGAGGAGAGCAGGGUGCUGGGCCAGGUGGGUCCCCUUGGUUUGGGGCCUGGGACAUUUGCAGGGGAACCAAAAUGCUUGCUGACAAAGCUAUUGUACUGCCAACCAUACUGUACGCUUGUGAAACAUGGACCACUUGUAAACGCCACCUCCAACUCCUUGAAAGAUUCCAUCAAUGGUGUCUCCGGAAAAUUUUACACAUCACUUGGGAAGACAGGUGAACUAAUAGUACUGGAAGUACUGGAAGAAGCAAAGAUCACUAGUGUGGAAGCAAUGAUUCUUCAACAUCAACUUCAUUGGACUGGUCAUGUUGUGCAGAUGCCUGAUUAUUGUCUUCCAAAGCAACUACUCUAUUCCGAACUUAAAAAUGGAAACCGUAAUGCUGGCGGUCAACGAAAGAGGUUUAAAGACUGUCUCAAGGCAAAUCUUAAAAAAUGUAGUAUAAACACCAACAAUUGGGAAACACUAGCCUAAGACGAAAGGGAGAGACGUGCUAAGAGGAAGGCAAGCUUGGCAAAUCCACCCCGUGAUCAGCUCCUGCCCAGAAACCUCUGUCCCCACUGUGGAAGGACGUGUGGAUCCAGAAUUGGCCUCCACGUCACUUACGGACUCACUGCUAAGACCCUGUUCACGGAAGACAAUCUUCCUCGGCUACGAGGGAUCGCCAAAAGUAGCAGCAUUUGGUUUGUUCAGAAAAGGGAAGGGGAAGCGCCAGAAGCCUUUUUCUGGGUGAAUCCCCAUCCAAAGGAGCCGCCUCAUAUCGCUGGGGUCACCCAUGGGUGCUCUUUCUUCCUGGGGAAGCUGACGGAGGCCCCACGCCUAGGAAGAGUGUGAGAGUGUGUUGGGGGGACCCUGGCUGGGCUUCAGCUGCAGCCCCCGCCCUCGUGACCCACUGCCAGCAGCUUCUCAGCUAUUCACUCCAGAGCCCCCCCACCCGCGUCCCAUCCCAUAAUAGUGAGUUCCAUUGAAAGGGAACGGCUCCUGGGCGCUUGACAACUGUUGCCAUAGGAACCCUCUCUCCCUCUGGCUGCCUUCCCAGGCAGCCCUAUUCAGAGCUGGGUCUCCGUGGGUGUUGCUGCUCCGUGGGGCUGCGAGGGACCCAGGAGUCCUGGCUCAAACGCCCUCCCUGCAGGGGGCUGCGGGGAGAGGGGGAGCGUUGAGCCUUCGCCCUGCAGUGGAGGGCUUUGUUCCAGGCCCCCCGACGGAGGACAGGGAGUCCUGCUUCUUCCCCCAGGUCCCCUGUCCUGGCUCCCCAUGGGCCCCCUCUCCGGGGAUGGGGGUCUUUGGGCUCCGGCCUGCGCCCUCCUCUCCUACGGGGCUUGUGGGGAGGGGGCAGUGUGUGUGCCCUUCGCUCCCCUCCCUCUUCAUCCUCCCUUCCCCCCUUUCCUGCUCGAGGUUUAAAAAAAGAUUUUUGUCUCCCUGAGAAGUUGGCUUAAAAGGUUUCCAUGGAAACUCCAAGAAGAGAUGAAGGGGAGAGGCAGCCGGAGACAGGCGGAAUCCGGGGACAUGCCCCCCCAACACACACGCGCACACGCGACGCCCCCUCUCGGCCGCGGGCCUCCAGCGCCCCCUGCUGGCCCGCUGCCAAACUCCAGCGGCGCCCGCGCGACCCCGCCCCCCCCCCGCGCUGACCCCGAGUGACCCUGCUCGGGCCGAGGGGCCCCGGGCGCAGCGGGGAGGGAUGGGGGGGGGGGAGACGCGCAGAGUCCAGACUUCGUGGCCCCAAGGAAGGGAGCAAGGGGGGGUCUGCAGACGGGGCCUUUUCCAUGGGGGGCGCAGGGAGUUUUGGCUUCCCCGCCUCGCGCUCUCGCGGCCGGGCUCGGGAGUGCCGGGCGCGCCGCGGCCCCCGCUGGCCGGGGUCCCGGGCCCCUCCGCCGCCGCCGCCGCCCGCCCGCCCUGCCCGUGCCCGUCCCUUCCCGGCUCUCCCGCGAGCGGCUGCUGACAGGCGAGCCCGUCUCCUAGCAACGGCUCGGCAUGCUGCGGGGAGCGAGCGAGCGGGCGGGCGAGGCGGCGGCGGGCACCGAGCGGGCGACGAGCAGGCAGGCGCAGGAGCAGGAGCGGGCCAGCUGCGCCGCCGCCGCCGCCGCCGCCGGGCCGGCGGGUGCCAGGGGACCUCGGCCCGGCGGGCUGGCUGGCUGGGGGCGCUGGUCCGGCCGCAUGGCCAGCUAGGCUGGGGCCCGGCGGCCCCCCGAUGGGCCGCGCCCGGGGGCAGGAGGAGGAGGAGGAGACGGAGCCCUAGCGGCCCGGAGGCCCCUCGGGCGCGCAGGUAAGGGCCGGAGGCUCCGCCGCGGGGGGCGAGGGCGCUGCGCGGGCGGAGCAGGAGGCAUGGGGGGGGGGAAGUAGCGCGCCCCCGCGUCUCUGCCCCGACGAGCGAGUGGAUGAGGGCGGCGGGCAAGCGCGCCCCCGGCGAGGGCAUGCGAGGUUGCGCCGGGGCGCUUGGCUGACGGAGGCCGAUCCUACGGAACCUGGCCCCGGCGAGAGGAGAUGGGGCUCCGCCUGCGCUGGCUCGCCUCUCCCGCUUCCCGGGAAGGGGUCCUGCUUGCCUGCGUCCUGCGUGCGCGACGGGGGAGGGGGACAGGGAGCCCCCCUCCCCUGGCCCCUGGGCAGGCUGCCACCAAAGAUGCCAUCACUGCGGCCCCCGCUUCAGGAGCGCAGCGCCUCCCUGACCCUUCUGGAGGACCUCGGGAGAGCCCAGGGGCAGAGGUGGCAGCUGGGUCCCUUGCCCAAGGGGCCUCCUCCCAGCCCAGAGUAGCCAGGUGAACCCCCAAAGGGAAGCAGCAGCAGCAGCAGCUCCCCCACCUCAUUCCUCUCCCCGCCAUGCCAAUUCCUCCCGGCAGUGGCAGAAGCGGCCCGGCUCCUGGCGUGCCUCAGGGUGGGCCUGAACUGCUCCCAAAGGCUGGAGGUCCCAGCGGCAAGAGCGCUUCUGAGCAUGCCCUCCCAGCCCCAUGGCAGCCUGCACAAGACCGGGGUGCAGGUGAGCUGAGGGGCAGCAGCUGAGCACCCCCCCCCAUGGGCAGGUGCUCCGCAGAGGCUCACCUGGACGCUGCUGGCUGGCUUUGCCUCCCCCCAGCCCCUGAAGGCAGACCAGCAAGCCAAGAGGGGGAAGCCCCAGCAGACCAAAGACCGGGCUCCUGUGGCUUCCUCUCCUUCCUCAUGCUGCCUCUUAGCCACUACAAGAGCCACAUGGUGGCGGCGGGGGGCUGGCACCCCAGGGCAGGAAUGGGCACCCAUAGGAGACCUGCAGGUGGGGCCUGGGGGUGGGCUGUGCUUAGAGGAAACCCAGCGAUGGUUUUUGAAAUGUGUGUGUUGGGGUAGGGGAGGAGAUGUUGCCUCAAAAGACCCCCCCACGUGGUUCCUUCUUGGGGCUGGACAUGAGGGGGGGGGCACCAGGCAGAAGAGCUGCUCUGUGGUUCCCUCUCUGGACAGCCCAGCCCAGUGGGAAGACGGGGGGGGGGGGCACUGGCAGCUGGGAAAGGCCUCCUGAGCUGGAGGGACCAGUGGCCUCACUCUGCAGGAGGCAGCUGCUCCCCCCAGUUCUUUCUCAAGCUGCCUUGACCCAGAUGUGGGGUGGGUGGAGGGGGGCCUGUGCCCCAGAGCCUGGAGAGGGGGCCUGGGAGCACCGGCCAAGUUGGACGAGUGGCUGGCUGGGGGUGGCAGCAAAGACAGAUGGCUCACCCACGGAGGAGGAGGAGGCGCAGAUCCCUCGCUCUGUGUGCUUGGGGGAGGGCAGUGGGCACAGCCCCUCCCUUGUUGGGGUUCAGGCAGCAGUCACCUUCUGCUCCUGGGGCAUCAGUGGGCAGGGGGAGGACCAGAAGUCCCCAGGCCGGGGGGGGGGGGGGAGAGGGAAGUGCUGAUGCUGGGAGGAAGGGGCCAGGGAUGGCUCCCCCCCCCCCACUGGGCCUGGUUUGGCAGCUCUUCAUCAGCCACAGCCCCCCCUUCUCUCCCCCCCCCCCCGGCUGAACUGCCCCCAGAGCAGGAAGGCUGGCUUGGUUUGGAAAGUCCUCCCUGGGGGUGGGGGGCUUUCUGCCCCAUGGACGCUGCCCUUUCCUCUCCCCACCUCAGUCACAAGCUUGGCCUGGCUGAGCCAUGGGGCAGAGGGAAGGUGGGGGCAGGUGAGCUGCCUCCUGGGCUCUUCCUGCCCUGUGAACCCCUUGCAGGCAGGGAGAAGCAGCCAGGCAUCCCCUUCUCGGCCCAAGAGGCAGCUUAGGAGGAACCCCAAGGGCUGCCCCCAAAAGCCCCGGCCUCUGCUUCUGACCACCUGAUCAAGCCCACCCCCCUGCCCACCAGGCAAUGCAGAGACAGAGGCACUGGUCUUGUGGGAGGCUGGAAGCUCCAGGCGGCUGCCGGGGCUGCGUUCGGGUCCCGCUUGCUCCUGGGGGGCCUCUCUGGGAAGAGCAGGAGGCUGGUCCAGCUGCUUUGGGGCUCUUCCUGGCUGAUUGGCGCCUGCUCUCGCUCACUGCGCCCCCCCAUUACUCCCAGCCUGCCUGUCAAGCGCCCAUCACCCCCACCCCGUCCUGUCAGCGUGGCAAGCUGCUUCCGAGCAGAUGUGCCUAAAUCGGGGAGGGGGGGAGGCUGCAAGAUCUGGCUGCUCAGCAGAUGUGCCAAAGAGCACCCCCACUUGACUGACGGCUCACAUUCCAGCAGCCCUUCUGGGCUGGGUGCUCCUUGCCCUGGCCCCCUCUCUGGGCUCCUGUGCCCUGACCCGGUCGGAGGUUUCAAGGCAGGCCUUGCGCUGAGUGACGGCUCCGUGUGAGUGACGGAGGGAGGAGCACCCCUGAGAUGCACCGCCCGAAACUGCGGAGGUUGCAGAGCUGGGAAGUUCAGCCCAAACAAUGGAGGGGAUGGAGGGGCUGCUCUGCGAAGGAAGGCGGCUGCCUCCUGUGGGAGAGAGUUCCAGAGGUCAAUUGUGGGCUGCAUGAAGCGUCCUACGUUCAGCUGUCUGGGAUGCUCACAAGUUCUAAUGCUAUGAGAGAGGGAGGAAGACUUCUGCCUCUCCACUCUUUUCAUGCGUGUAUAAACUCCUGCCGUGGUGCCUCUGACUCGCCUCUUCUCUAAACUAGAAAGUCCCUUUCUUCACUUUGGUGGUCCUUUCCUGAGCCUUUUCCAGCUCCGCAACAGGCGGCCAGAGAGGGACACAGGGCUUCAGAUGUGGCCGCCCUUUAGACUUGUAGAAUGGCAUCAACAUUUUAGAUUUUGUGGUGAUUUAUGUGGAAAUUGUUUAGCUUGGUUUUCUAUUUUUUAUGUUUCAUUUAUUGUUUAUGAGUACUUUUGUUACGUUGCAGUUAUGUAUUUCUUUACGUUAUAAGCUGCCUUGAGCAUGGUUUCAAUUGUGGAAAAGUGACAUACAUAUACAAUUAUGUAUAUAUGCAGGAAUAUUGGCAGUUUUAUUUUCAGUGACUUUCCCAAAGACCCCUAGUAUGGCAUUUGCCUUUAUCAUGGCCUCCACACAACCUCUUCACCAAGGUCCCUGCUGUGACCCCAAGGUCUCGCUCCCGGGGGGCCGUCACCUCCUGUUCAGGAGUGUGUAUGUGAAGUUAAUAUUCCCCCCCCCAUCACUUUGCUCUGAAUUUAUCCUGAAUUGCCUUUGCCAUUUUACCACCCAUUCCCUCAGUUUGGAGAGGUCCUUUUGGAGCUCUUUGCAAUCUCUUUUUGCUUUAACAACAAUUUAGCGUCAUCCACAAACUUGGCCACCUCACUGCUGGCUCCUAACUCUUGGUCACUGAUGAGCAAGUUAAAAAGCUCAGGUUCUGAUCCUUGGGGGACCCCCGUUUCUCUCCAUGUGGGAAACAUCCUGCAGCUAAACCGGUUCCUGGUGCACAAGAGGACCCCUCCUCUUGUUCCUUGACUGCUCAGCUGACUCAGAAGUCUUUGGUGAGGAAUUUGGUCCAGAGCUGUUUGAAAGUCCAAGUACCCCGUCAGCCAGAUCUCAUAGAAUCAUAGAGUUGGAAGAGACCCCAAGGGCCAUCGAGUCCAACCCCCUGCCAAGCAGGAAACCCCAUCAGAGCACUCCUGACAUAUGGUUGUCAAGCCUCUGCUUAAAGACCUCCAAAGAAGGAGACUCCACCACACUCCUGGGCAGCAAAUUCCACUGUCGAACAGCUCUUACUGUCAGGAAGUUCUUCCUAAUGUUUAGGUGGAAUCUUCUUUCUUGUAGUUUGGAUCCUCUGUCUCUAUGGCUGGUUUGUGAGAUGGGACCUGCUCUUGCAGAAGCCAUGCUGGUGCUGCUUCUGCUUCUGGGCUCUUGCCUAGCUUACCUUUAACGCUGCGGCCUGUAAUAUCCCGGAACUGGCGUUCCAUUGACUCCUUUCCAGUCCUCGGGUACAGAGGGACAAGUCCUCCCUUGCUGAGGGGAGCUGUGUUGCCCUCAAGUCCUGCUGGCAUCUGGGCCCCUUCUCUUUGGGGUGCCUAGCUGCCCACAGAGAGAAGAACGGGAGGCUGGGCGAGGCUGGACCUCCCUGGAGUUGUCCGUGUCUGGGGCAGGGACUGGGAAGUGGAGGAGCAAGAGAGGAGAGCAGUGUCACAGGCAGAAAGCCAACCGGUGCAGCAUCUCUAGGGCAUUGCGAGGGGGGUAACGUUGGCAGCCCCAGGAUGGGAAGGGGGAGGGCACUGCCUGCAAGCACCCCCCACCCCAUGCCUCUUCUGAGAUGGCAGAGUGCAGCAUCAGCCCCGACCCCCGGGUCCUGUGGGGGGGGUGUUUGGUGGGUGGUCUCUCAAAUGCAGGUGGCAAGUGGCCGGGGGGGGGGCGUAAAUAGCCAGGCAGGCCUCUGUGCAGCUUUUGCUGCUAUUUCCAGCUCUGACGCCAAUUCUUUCUGCUAUUUGAGGCUCCUGUGUGUCCCCCCCAGCCCCUCCUGAGGUGGAGGAGGAGCUGCCUCCGGCGUGCUUCUUCCCUCCCCCCCCAGCUGCUCAUUCACAACCACCCAGCGCCACACAUGCCAGGCGGUCCCUGGAGGCAGCACACAGGAGCCUCUUUCCGCCCCCCCAUGAUGCUGCCCCUGUCACCUCUGGGGAGAAGAGGAAGCCCCCUUCUUCCAGGGCCAGAGCCGGGCUGGGGGAAGGGGCGCCCCCGCUUCUCUGUCAACCACAUGCGGAGGCUGGGACGGUGCCCCCCGUUUCGGCGGAGGGGGGCGCUGUCUGUGUCCUGCUGUCGCCCCCCAUCCCUUCAAGAAGACCCUGCAGCCCCACCGGGCCCCCCUCCCCCUGUGGCCUCCACUCUCCUCCACUGGCUCCCAGAGGGCACCCCCCACAGCAACAGGGGGGCACCCCCCGUGACGGCCGCCUCUCCUUUUGCAGAGCACCACGCUGCCCGGUCCCGUCGGAAGAGCGUCCCCGGAGGGAAGCAGUACAGCAUCAACAUGGACGCCCCACCCGCUCCGCCCUUCCGGCCCUCGGUGAGCAAAGACCCCCACCCCAUCCUCUCUCUCGCACCUCUGGGGGUCGUGCAACUGGAGGAGGAAUCCUGGAAUGGGAGAGUCAGAAGGGGAAGCCUAGGGCCAUCUAGUCCAACCCCCCUGCAGGAUCCCUGGGGGCCGCCAUCCAACUCCCUCUAGCGAAGGGAGGCCACCCAAUCACGGAAACGGCAGAAUUGCAAGGGGCCCCUGAGGGUCGAGUCUGACCCAUUGCAAUGUGGGAAUCCCCAUUAAAGAAUCCCCGACAGAUGGCCAGGGAGGGAUGACUGGCCUGGGGGAGGGAGCCCCUCCCCGUGGGACCCUGCCCAGUGGUCCUGGGUGCUGCUCAGACCCAGGGGGGCAGGGCUGGAGCUAGGGCGGGGGGUAGAAAGGGGGGCCGGGACCCGAAGAAGCUGCCUUGCAAGAGCCCACCCCCAGCAAGAUAUGGGGUCACAGUACAGGAAGGGGGGCAGCGGUGAAGAUGCACGGCUGACCAGCUCCCCCCAUCCCUCCAAGUGGCUGCCAUUGUACUCUAGGGCAUGAGGGACCGGGGGGCUGGCUGCUCAGCCCCAGUGGGCCAGUGUGGGGACAGGCCCUUUUCCUCCCCAGGAAAGCAAAGGUGGAGGUGGGGGACAUGCUGAGAGGUUUCUGGCUGUGGGGCAGUUGUCAAAGGCAACUCCUCUCUGACUCUGUCUCCCCCCCCGACCUUUGGGGCCCCCCAGCAGCAGGGAUUCCUCAGCCGGCGCCUGAAGAGCUCCAUCAAGCGCACCAAGAGCCAGCCCAAGCUGGACCGCACCAGCAGCUUCCGCCAGAUGCUGCCCCGCUUCCGCAGUGCCGACCAUGACAGGUGAGGGGAUGACGACGGCAACGAAGAGGGCCAGGGCUCCCCCCCCCCCCGAGAGGUAGAGGCUGGGCUGCCCCUCCCAGUGAGGGGCAGGUGGGGAGGCAGGUUGGGGUGCCCCAUCCCCUGCAGUGGACGCCAGGCCCGUCUCCCUCCCCCCCAAUCCUUGCCACUGGGUUGCCCUCCUCUGCUGCACGCUCUCCACCCCGACCCCCAGAUCCCCCUGCUGCUGCCCCCCUCCCUCCCCACGGCGGUGGCUGCGCUUGGCUGCCUCCCUGGGAGGCUCAUCCCUGGGUCCCCGCGUGUAUUUUUAGCCUCCUCCCAGCCCCCCCCGCUCUGACGGCAGCCCCGACACGCUUGGGCUCUCUCUCGCUCUCCCUCCGCUUACGCCGCUCGGCUAAAAAUAUCCUCCUGGGGGCGGCAGCUCCGAGCAGAAAUGCCACUGGGGAAGGGAGGGGGCCUCCCAGCAAGAGGAGCCAGCUCACAGGCCUCCUCUCGCACCCGCUGCCCACAAGGGGAGCCCCAGAGGGGUCCUCUGAGAGGGCUGGGGGGCAGCUCUGUCCUCGGGCCGGAGACACGGAGCUGGUGGGGGACCCCUUUGCCCCCCAGCUGCCUCUCUCCCUCCCAGAGGCUUCCCUGGAUGAGAGAGAAGGAGCUGUGGGGCAGAGUGGGGGGUCGUCCCCCCAUCCCGGGAACCUCCUCUUCCUCUCCCCCCCCCCCCGUGUCCGGGGCUGAUGCUGCCCGCCUGUCCUCUGACGCUGCUCUCCAUCUCUCUCUCUCUCUCUCUCUCUUUCUCUCCUCCGCCUUGACCCCGUUCCAGGCUGGGACCCCCCUGGCAGCUGCAGAAAUGUCCCCCUGGGGGGCAGACGCCAGGUACCCCGCCUGAGGGUGGGCUUUGCCCCAGCCGCCACCGGCACCUCCCUCCUGCCCCCUCACUCCCCCUCCCCACCCCGUAGGAGCAGCCUCGCGUGCGCCCCUCCCUCAGGCUCCCUGGCACCCCUGGACCCGCCUCCCUCUGCUCCCCGCACUCCGGACGCGGCCUCCGCACCCCCGCCUGCCCCCCACCCCUUCCCGCCUGACCUCUCCCUUUGCCCCUCGCAGGGCCCGCCUCAUGCAAAGCUUCAAGGAGUCCCACUCCCACGAGUCCCUGCUCAGCCCCAGCAGCGCCGCCGAGGCCCUGGAGCUCAACCUGGACGAGGACUCCAUCAUCAAGCCCGUCCACAGCAGCAUCCUGGGCCAGGAGUUCUGCUUUGAGGUACGUGGGGGGGGAGGGGCGAGAGGAGGGAGGGCGGGUGCCUGGGCACGCGCAGAGCGCAGAUGACCCCCGCCCUUCUGCCGCCCCCUCCAGGUCACCACGUCCUCGGGCACCAAGUGCUUCGCCUGCCGGUCGGCCGCUGAGCGGGACAAGUGGAUUGAGAACCUGCAGAGGGCCGUCAAGCCCAACAAGGUAGGCCCCCCCUUGGCCCGGGGCUGCCCCCGGCACCUGCCAGCCCUCGCCAUUGGCUUGAGAGCCUGCUCCUCUUCCCCGUCCCUGAUCCCCCCAAAAGCUCUCAGGUGGGCAGGGAGCCAGUCAGCCCCCACUUCCUCCCGUGAGGUCACUUCCUUUGCACCCGCUUUGCUCUGGGAUGGGCGUCCUCCCCUUGCUUUGCCCCACGGCGCAACAAAUGAUAGGGGGACCCUCCCGCUAUUCCCAGAAACUGAUAUUGAGAGGCAGGCGGGCUCCGGUCUGGCUGUCCGUCAUCAGUAGCCUUAUUCUCCUCUCUGAAUCCAUCCUGGCCUUCGCCGCCCCCUGUGGGAGGGAGUUUCACAGUUUAAGUAGGCGCUGCCCAAAGAAGCACUUUGUUUUAUCUGUCCUGAAUCUCACUUCCUGUGGCUUCGUUGGAUGUCCACAAAUUCCAGUGUCAUGAGGGAGGGAGGGAAGCUUUCUCUCCACUCUCUCCAAAGUCCCCAAAGCUGCCGCCUUUUCUCACGGGAGAAUAAAUCUGCCCCCUCCCCAAAACCGCAGAAACAAUAAUUCCACACAGCACAUCGCAGGCAGGGCAGCAGAGCUUUCCCCUCCGCUUUUGGGGGCUGGCGUGAGGAAGGGCACCUUCAGCCACAGAAGCAGUUCUUUGGAGAGGCAGUUCCACAUUCUUGGGGUCGCCACUGAGAAGUCCCCCUCGUGAACCACAAGCAGGCCCCCAACCGUGGCAGGCGUCCUCCUUCUGGCUGAUCUUGUUUGGGGCAUCCCUGUUUCACUCCCAGAUGGAGAGGACCAGCUCAGCCCAGCAUCCCGGGCUGUGUGUGUGUGUGUGUGUGUGUGUGUGUGCGUGUGUCAGCUCCCUAGCAGAGCAUGGCAGGGAUUGGGUCCGGCGUAUGAGAGCUGCAUUUGUUCCCUGGGAGGCAACUUGCUUUUCUGCAGACCUUCCUCUUCAUCUCUGACUUGUGCAGCCCUUCUGUUGGGACCCGGGUUUCCUGGGGCCAUCUGUUUCCACCCUGCUCCAUUUGGGCCAGGGGCACAGAGGGCCAGUAGUGGUGAAGGAAGGGCCACCUCCUGCCCCAGAACAGACCAGGCUCCACUAGCUGCCUCCAAACGGUGCUGUCUCAGCCUUGAAAUUUAAAAGAGAAUGACUGUGGUUCGGAAACAAUGAUUCGCAGCAGAGAGCUAAAAGCCCAAGAUGAGAUAACGGAAGCUGCAACUUGUUUUCUCCUGCUCUGGAGGGUUGGAUUCGAACCACUGGCUUCAAGUUACAAGAAAGGAGAUUCUGACCAAAACAUCAGGAAGAACUUUCUGACAGCAAGAGCUAUUUGAUAGUGGAACGGUCUCCCUCAGGAGGCGGCGGACUCUCCUUCCUUGGAGGUUUCAAAGCAGAGGUUAGAUGGCCAACUGUCAUGGAUGCUGGAGCUGAGAUUCCCGUAUCUCAUGGGGUUGGGCUAGAUGACCCUUGAGGUCCCUUCCAACUCUAUGAUUCUCUGGGAGCCAGAGUCAACUGGGCCGUCUUUCUCUUAAGUUUCAUACAUCUCUCUCUGGUUUUGCCUUUGCCCUGCUGCUUUCCCCAAAAAACUUACUCUUUAGGGCUAAAUCAGACUAGGCAACAAACCACGGAAAACGUGGUUGCUGUUUGUUCCAUUUCAUGGGGGAAAGUGGCUGGGCAAGCGGAGUUGUGGGUGAGGCCUCCCUGUCUCGCUCUCUCUCUCUCUCUCUCCUGCCUUGAACUGUGCCACUUAUAGCAGCAGCGCCUGUCACUUCUUGGUUAGCCUGGUAAGCUGAAGUGGCAGCUUUUUCCAGGUCAGGCCACUUUGCAACGAGGAGCCGCUCCUCCUCCUCCUCCUCCUCUCUUGGGGUUGGAAAAGGGUCUUUUUUUCUGGCUUUCCUCCCCAUUUGCAGUUCUGUGUCCAGGCUGCAGGUAUCUUGGCUGGCAGGAGAGGGAUGAUGUUGUUGUGAACUGGGUUGCUCUGCCAGCCGCAGGUUCCUCUGGGACGCCAAAGCGAGCAAAGGGCUCUCCUUCCUUGGAGGUUUACAAGCAGAGGCCGAGCGAUGCUUUAGUUGUGAUUCCUGCAUUGCAGGGGGUUGGACUAGAUGACCCUGGGGUCCCUUCCGACUCUACGAUUCUGUGCUUCUGGGAAAGGGUUUUUUCACUUCCGGUGCCGAUGUCAGCUGUUGGCCUCUUCUCAGGAAGUGUCCCACGAUGAAAGGUUCCCCUUCUUGUCUUUUCCUUAUUUAUAUUCAUUAGAUUUAUAUCCUGCCCCUCAUCACAAGAUCUCAGGGCAGUUGCAGGGUACGACGUUGGCCGUGAGCCAGGGCUCUGGCCGGCUGCCUCACGGCAUUUGCUUAGGCCUUGGUGACUGAAGGCUGAGGAUUUUUUUGGGUUGAGUCCCAUCAGGGGAAAAGGCAGGGGACAGAUAGAUAGAUAGAUAACAUGAAUACAUCCGCAGAGCUCCUUUUUACCCCAAGGCCUCUCAGUUCACCCAACCUGGAAGCAUGGCAGAGCCAACUGGGCCAUCAGCACCAUGUGAGAUUCUCUGGGUGCGAUUCAGCUGCUCAGAUCUCAUGAAGCACCUUAUCAGAUAUUGGAAGAAGAAUGCAGAGCAGGAGCUGUUUAUCUAUCUGUGGAACUCCCUCUCACAGUGAUGGCCACCAACUUGGAUGGAUUUCAGAAGUUGUUGGCGUCCAUCUGUCUUGGGAGGCAAUGGAGGAGUGCACCUGGGGGGAGUCAAACUCGAACUGUUGGAAGGUUACAGCACCUGCUGGGGCUGGAGCGGAUGAAGGCAUCCCUUACGCUGCUGCGGAUGCACCACGGCGUUUUCUCUCUCUGUGCUCCUCCUUCCUCUGGUCACCGCUGUCAAUGCACAACCUGCCUGCCUGUCUCCAGGCACGGCGGGGUUGAUGUUGCACGGCGGGGUCAUGUCACAUUUGCAGAGAACUUUGUAAACAGCUCCUGAUAGAGCCUGUCUGGGGGAUCCUGCCAUCCUCCAUUCUGUGGACGUGAGCAAGCCGGCUUGAAAGAGGAUCAGACAAAUUCACAGAGGAGAAGGCUAUUAAAUGGCUACUAGCCACGAAGGCGAUGCUCUCUGCCUCGCCAGCCAGAGGCAGCCGUGCUUCCAAAUACCAGUUGCUGGAAACCGCGGGAGAGGAGAAGGCUCUUGCUUUUGGAUUCUGCUUGCUAACUUUGCACAGUUCAUCCACACCUGGCCUGAUCCAGAGGGAGUUAUGCUUUUAAGGUCCCAAGGCAGAUUACAGCAAUCAAAACGCACACAAUGUUAGGAGCAGAUUAAAGCAACUUACAAUCACAGAAAUAAGGUGGGUCCUAAAAGCAUAACACCUCCAGCAUCCUCUGGAAGCUGUGCAGUGAGGGGGUGCCCUCGGGGGGGAUGGAUUUCCACAGCUGAGAGGUCACCACCAAGAAGGCCCUCUCCUGGGCUGCCCUCCCCCAAGCCUCUGAGGGCAGAGGAAAACCAAGAGAGAGGCCCCCUUCUGCCAAAGGGGUCUCAAGGGAAGGAGGAAGGCGCCUUUUUGAGAUUUGGAGCUUGAGCCAUUUCAGGCAUGGAGUGCUAAUGUGAACCCCUUGAAUUAGGCUCACAAAUCAGCCAGCCCCCAACCCUCCUGCUUCUGCUGUGGGGCCUUAGGCCGGGGCCAGGACUGGCUUGGAUCUCAUCCUUAUCUUUGAUCCAAAUCUUUCCCUUCUAUUUCGUCUGUGAGGCAUCUGACAAAAAGUACAUACAUGGAUGUGGGGUAAAAGGGUGACUGCAGUACACUGUAAGCAAGUGUAAAGUAAACUUUGGAGCAAAAAAUAAUAAUCUUAAUUUCAAGUACAAGCUCCUGGGGUCUGAAUGGGAGGUGAUGGCCCAGGAGUAAACCCUUGGGGUCACAGAGACCUUGGUGAAGAGGCGGCGUGGGGACCGUGGAAAAGACAAAUCCCGUGCUAGAGAUCCUCAGGAAAGUGGCUGAAAAUAAAACUGCCCAAAUUCACGCAUACAUAUAGAAUCUUAGUUGUAUGCCACCUUUCCAUAAUUGAAACCAUGCUCAAGGCAGCUUACAGCAUAGAAAAAAACACAUAAUUGCAACGUAACAAAAAUAGUCAUAAACAUCAAGAAAUACACAACCAAAGGGAACAAUUUCCACAUAGAUCAUAACAACAUCCAAACUAAAGAUGCCAGCAAGACCCCUCUAACUGAUACCUCAGCCCAAAGGCCUCUUCAGCAGCCUCUGCAUUUGUAGCCGGAGUCAUUCAGGGCCCUCCCAGGCCAGGGGAGUGAAGGCCUGCAAGGUCUUCCAGGACUCCCGGCCAAGAAAACGAAGCUCAUGGAGUCAUAGAAUGGUAGCGUUGGAAGAGCUGUCUAGUUCCACUGCUGGCAACACGUAAGUAUCUGUGAAAGGGUUUGCAUGCCCAAUACUCCCCCUGCCAGGCACUCCUUUCUUGGUGGGGGAGAGUGCUGGAGCAGAAGGCAACAGGCCCCCAUCCUGAACCACGCGGGGCAGUCAUGGUAGGAUUCCACACCUGUCCAACUUCUGGAGAAAUUGGGGCUUCUCUCUGCGUAAACGUGACCUCCUGACCUGGUCCUCACAACCAGAAUGUGGUGGAUUUUGGUAAGCAGGUUUUGUGGUUGCACCUCUUCGAAAAGCACCCCAGUUCUGUCGUGUUGGUUGGUGCUUUCAGCUCUCUGUCAGGGUUUCCCUUUCCUGAGCAUAGCUUUUGUCCCACCUUGGGAGUUUUAUUUGUCCCAAGAAAUCUGUUCUGCACUCCUCAAAAGCGCCUUUCUCCUUGUUUCUCUUGAGCCCAGAGUCCCGGUGUUUUGUCAGGGUCUCCCAUUCACGUACCGUAGAUUAGGCUGUCAUCCAUGGAGACAGGGACUCCUUUCAUGUCCCCAAGGAGUUCAGUCAUCUUCCUUUGAAAAGCCUGGGGAGCACGCGUGAUUCCAAACGGAAAGUGCCCAACAGAACCUCCCGCCAGGCGUGACGAGAGCCGUCAGCUUAGGGCUCUGGCUUGCCUCGGGUGUUUGCCAGAAGCUGCUUGGAGGAAACGCUUUGGCUCCAGCCGCUGUUGGGAGCAGGUCCUCUGGCAUUGGGAUGGCACAUUCUUCCCUGACAAGCGGCUUUGCUAGACUUUUAAGGGUCUGACAGAUGCAUUCCCCCCCCCCCCCGUUGGUGCUGUUACACACCAGGCAAGAGGUUUGGAGGUCUCCUUUCCCGCCGCAUUUCCACCUUGUGGAGCCAGGGAUUCUGUGGGGUGCUUGUGCCCUCCGGAGUUUGGCACCUGGUCAUAAAACAAGAUCCCCAACAUCAUCUGAGACCUGCUGGUAUAGGGUGGUAUUUAAAUUCAAUAAAUCAUCAUCGUCGUCUAUCAUACCUGUGUCUUCCUGUUUCUGUCACAGAACGUAGGAUUGGAGAAAGCUGCCUUAUUCUGAGUCUGAGCAUUGGUUCCUUUGAUGCACUAGGGACUUGGCCUUUCAGAAAGGGAGCCUGUCUCCUAUAUCCUCCAGGAAGGCAACCAGCGUGCACUUGCUGCAGGUGUAGUUUGCACCUUCUCAGGCAGGAAGCCAAACAUAGCCCAGGUGUGGCAGGUCACUGCAGCAGGUCCCUCGCCCUCCCCAUCUCUUGGUCCUCUGCACACCGUGAGGCAGCACUCUGGGUCUUCCCCUCAAAACACCUUCAGAAACGCCCCUGUUUACAAGUUUUGAUCACAAGGUCUCAGAAGCUGCAAUAUCAGCUAAGCAGAAUUGCUGCUGGCUGCUAGCUCCUUCCACAAGUCUCCCCCAGCUCUUUAUUCUCUUCAUUUGGACAAGACUUCCAUUUUUUGGAGGAAUCCUUCUUGCCUCCAAUAGCUUCUUUGGCUCUGCUCUUUAAUGGUGCUGGUGUCCUCUUGGCCCUCAGGUCAGGAACGUGCACCUGAUCUGUGGCACCCCAACAUUCUGAUCUGACCCCCUUAACGUUGCCUUUCAGCUUUCUUUUUUCUCAAUCCCCUCUUUUUGGGGACUUUUUUUAUUUCAAAGUCAAAUGUGGUGAGCAUUGGAUUUUCUUGUCCAUUGUCCAUUUAGAGCGCUGUGUUCACCAUUCCCAGUGAGUUUAGGAACACCUAGAUACUGUACCAGGUCCUGGGUAUCACUAGGGGGGAUGUCCCAAGUCGCUUGCCUAGACAAAAAGGCCCCGUCCCUCAGAAGGGAGUCAGUUCCAGCUGCUUGGAGGUUUCUGGUUGCUCUUGUUUGAUCCUUUUGGAGAUGAGGCUACUAAAACCACACAUAGUGUUGCAAGUGCAGUUAGCCCAUUAGACAGAGAUCACCCCUCUCCUUGCUGGAGAGAGAGGCUUGGAAGAGACUCUUCCUCUCCCCUCGCAGACUUGACACAAUUGUUCCAAGGACAUUAAAACUUGGUUAGACUCGUAUCUGCCACCAUCCGCUUUUAAAUAAGCAUUCCCCACAAAACAAACUUAGGCUAGAAUAAAUCAUGGGCAAUUAGCUUUGCAAAUAAAUUAAGAUUUUUAACCACCGAGUUUCAGAAGUUGCAGCAAGCAAGUCUCCUACUAUUGGCAGUACAGUAAAGAAGAAAAUCUUUCCAAAUGACCUAAAAAAACCUUGUUUUCCUUAGAAAUAGGAUCAUGCAAUCUUUGGGUUAGCAAAGUUGCAGGCUGUGAAAAUCUCAUUUUAGAGAGAUUUUCCAUUCACAUGGUUUUUCUUGCAACUGGGAACAAUUCCACAUGGCUCCUUUCUUCGAGGAAGGUGGUGGGUAUGGAAAGGAAAACCUGCUGGAAGCCUGCGAACUCCGUCCACACUGGCAGCAGAGCUCAAGGCUUAUCCCUUUCAUGCAUUCAGGUCUGAGUCAGGAACAGUGUAUUACCGCAAGCUUGAUGGCUCACGCCAGUGGCCCACUUAGUCCAGCAUCCUGUUCUCACAGUGGCCACCCAGACACCCAUGAUGGAAUACCCAGAAGCAGGAUCCGAGCACAAGCUUAUUAGUUUAUUUCAGCGCUGCAUCAAGAAGGACUUCCUGUUAACUGUCCUGAAUCUUCCGACAUUUCGCUUCCUUGGAUAUCCAGGUUCAACUCCAAGGGAGGCAGGGCUGGGAAAGGAAGACCCCUGGAGAGUCCCUGCCAGUCACUCCCAGGGGCCAGAGACCAGCGGCCUCCCCAAGGGCAAGGCCUCUGCCUCCUUAUUGCAAGGCCUCUGCCUCCUUCAUUAUCUGGAGUCUGCGGUGACCCUUUCACCGCUGGCACCCGGGGUCUCUGCCUGCCCUCCCACUUGCCUGACCCCCGCCUUCUCUCCCCCCUGCCCAGGACAACAGCCGCCGUGUGGACAACGUCCUGAAGCUGUGGAUCAUCGAGGCGCGAGACCUGCCCCCCAAGAAGCGCUACUACUGCGAGCUGUGCCUGGACGACAUGUUGUACGCGCGGACCACCAGCAAGGUGCGGACAGACAAUGUCUUCUGGGGGGAGCACUUUGAGUUCAACAACCUGCCGGCGGUGCGGACCAUCCGGCUGCAUCUCUACAAGGACACGGACAAGAAGCGGAAGAAGGACAAGAGCAACUACGUGGGCAUGGUCAGCAUCCCCAUCGCCAGCGUGACGGGGAGACACUUUGCCGAGCAGUGGUACCCGCUCAGCCAGCCCAGCGCCAGCAAGAGCAAGUCCGGCUGCUGCCCGGCCAUCCGCGUCAAGAGCCGCUUCCAGACCAUGAGCAUCCUCCCCAUGGAGCUCUACAAGGAGUUCGCCGAGUACGUCACCAACAACUACCGCAUGCUCUGCGCCGUCCUGGAGCCCGUCCUCAGCGUCAAGAGCAAGGAGGAGGUGGCCUGCGCCCUGGUCCACAUCCUCCAGAGCACCGGGAAGGCCAAGGUACCCCCGGGGGGAUCGGGGAGGGAGGGGUCGGUGGGCGGGCCUCAGGCAGGGAGGGGGGAUUCCAUGGGCAGAGAGCCGCCUGGCCACUAGCGCCCCCUCUGCCUCUCUCCCGGCAGGACUUCCUGUCCGACAUGGCCAUGACGGAGGUGGAUCGCUUCAUGGACCGGGAGCACCUCAUCUUCCGGGAGAACACGCUGGCCACCAAAGCCAUAGAGGAGUAUCUCAAGCUGAUUGGACAAAAAUACCUCAAAGAUGCGAUUGGUGAGCAGGGGGCGGGUGGGCUGGGGGGAGAGGGGAGGGGAGGGGAGGAAGCGUCCUUCCCUCCAGGCUGUAAGUCACCCUGGAGCAGGGUCUGAGUGUAGCGGGGGUUCUCCUGAGGAGGGCAGGCCUGAGCUGUGGAGGAGGAGGAGGAGGAGGGGGCCUCCAACUGGGGCAUGUGUCCAUGGAGGUGCUGCUGACCCCCAGCCCCAGGCUCCGGACUGCCCCACCUGCCCCGUCUCCCCACAGGCGAGUUCAUCCGGGCCUUGUAUGAGUCGGAGGAGAACUGUGAGGUGGACCCCAUGAAGUGCUCGGCCUCCACCUUGGCAGACCACCAAGCCAACCUGCGCAUGUGCUGCGAGCUGGCCCUCUGCAAGGUCGUCAACUCUCAUUGGUCAGUGCCGGGAGCGGGCAGGGCUGGUGGGUGGGCGGUUUGGCGGGGGGAAGCGGGGAUUGUGGGGCCAGGGACUGGCAGUCCACGGGGGGAGGGUGGUGGUCCUGCCCGGCCGCCCGCUCACCCCUCUCCCUGCCCCCCAGCGUGUUCCCGCGGGAGCUGAAGGAGGUCUUUGCCUCAUGGAGGCUGCGCUGCGCCGAGCGGGGCAGAGAGGACAUUGCCGACCGCCUGAUCAGCGCCUCCCUCUUCCUGCGCUUCCUGUGCCCGGCCGUCAUGUCCCCCAGCCUCUUUGGGCUCAUGCAGGAGUACCCGGAUGAGCAGACCUCCCGCACCCUCACCCUCAUCGCCAAGGUCAUCCAGAACCUGGCCAACUUCUCCACGUGAGUCGCGGGGAGGCGGGGAGGGACAAGCGGUGACCCGUGCAGUAGGCUCAGCAGGGCAAGGGCGUGGAAAGGGUUGGGGCUGCCCGCCCAGCCCUCGCCAGCCCAGCUCUGCCUCUGAGAGCCAGGGCUCUUGGGGCUGCUUCCAGCACACUUCAGCUGAGAUGGGCACAGGCAGGGCUAGUCUAGCUGAUUUGUUUAUUUUGUGGAAAUUUUGCACCACUAGAUUGUGAAAAGAACCUCAGAACAGCUUAUGAAUCAAAGUUAAAAACAGCUAUCUAAAACAUUGAAGAAAAAAGGAAGCCACAAAGAGAUGAAAGCAAGUGCCGCACAGCUGGGUAGGCUGGUCCGAAGAAAAAUGUUUUUAGCAGGUGCUGAAAAGAGGACAGUGAAAUUGUCUUGCCUGAGUCAAUAGGCAGGGAGUUCCAAAGUGUGGGUGCUGAGCAUCCGUGGGGCCAGGCCCCCUCGCAGGUGCCCCCAACAGGCUCCUCCUCCUGCUGGGCCUUCCCACAUGCACCAUUUGAGGCGCUUCUCCCUGUGCCCCAGCUGAGGGAGGUGUGGAGCGGCUGACACAAGGCCUUUCUGGUGGUGACCCCCACCCCGCCUGCAGAGUGCUCUCAGGCUCUGGGGUGGGAGCCAGCAGCCCUGCCUUCUUAAUGAGUUUCUAUAUGUGGUUCCCAGUUCUUACUCUCUUGUGGUUGGGCCACUUUAGCGAAAAAGGCAUCUGACACUUGCUAAUAAUGCUGAGAACCUCAUUAUCCUACUGGGGGGCUAGGUUCUGCCUCCCCAAUAUCACAGUGCCCCCCAAAAAGUUUAGUUCCUGUAAGUGAAGCCCUCCUCCAAAAAAGAGCCAUGUAGACACAGAUACAUGUGAAAAUUCACUUAACACAAGGAAUUUGUGCCCAAACCUUGCUAUAUGCACUGCAGAUUCAGAUAUCCAAACAUCAUUUUUUACUUCCUUGUUUGCCUUUUGCUGGUUGGCUGAGGAGCGGAAAGGUUUCAGAGGGCUUUCCUGGGUUUAUUUAGACUUUGUGGGGCAGAAAUUCCAUGGCUGGGAACGCAUUAGAAAUGUUCUCAUAGGAACCAAUGGAAAUUGUGAACUCGCUAUGCGAACCUCUGCCAACCAGCAAUUUCCACGUAACGCAUUGUGUUUGGUAAAGGGGACCUGCGCACCUCUACUGUUAAUGUGUUAAAACAGUGACCCCCCUCCACUUUUCCAUCCCCCAAAAGAGGGUGCCCUCAAGGCCAGGUCAGCCAUGGGUGAGAGGGGCAAGGAAUGCCUUUGACAAAGGUAAAUCUAAGUUUUACAAUGACAAACUAAUAAUAAUGGGUGACUUCAGUGGAGUGAUAGCAUUAGAACAUGAUAAAAUAAGCAAAUGUGGCCAAGCUAAAGAAGGGAAACUACCAGAGACCUUAUUCAAAAUGAUGUAAUCGAUGGGCCUAACGGAGAUACCCUUCAUGGAUCACUGCCUUGCCGUGGCGAAGGGGCUUGAAUAACUCAGAGAAGCUAUGAGCUAUGCUGUGCAGGGCCACCCAAGAUAGACAGGUCAUAGUGGAGAGUUUUGACCAAAUGUGAUCCACCUGGAGCAGGAACCGGCAAGCCACUCCAGUAUCCCUGCCAAGAAAACUCCAUGGACAAAGAUGACAGGCAUAUAAAAGUUAUGACGCUGGAAGAUGAGCCCCUCAGGUCGGAAGGUGUCCAACAUGGUACUGAGGAAGAGAGGAGGACAAGGACAAGUAGAUUCAGAGCUGAUGAAGCGGCUGGGCCAAAGCCGAAAGGACGCUCAGUUGCGGGUAUGCCUGGAAGUGAAAGGAAAGUCCAAUGCUGUAAAGAAAAAUAUUGCAUAGGAACCUGGAAUGUAAGAACCAUGAACCUUGGUAAGUUGGAUGUGGUCAAAAAUGAGAUGGCAAGAAUAAAUAUUGACAUCCUGGGCAUCAGUGAACUAAAAUGGACGGGAAUGGGCAAAUUCAGUUCGGAUGACCAUCGUAUCUACUACUGUGGGCAAGAAUCCCGUAAAAGAAAUGGAGUGGCCCUCAUAGUCAACAAAAGAAUGGCGAAAGCUGUACUGGGAUGCAAUCUCAAAAAUGAUAGAAUGAUCUCGAUACGAAUCCAAGGCAGACCUUUUAACAUCACAGUAAUCCAAGUUUAUGCACCAACCACUGGUGCUGAAGAAACUGAAAUUGACCAAUUCUAUGAAGACUUACAACACCUUAUAGAAGUGACACCAAAGAAGGAUGUUCUUCUCAUUAUAGGGGAUUGGAAUGCUAAAGUAGGGAGUCAAGAGAUAAAAGGAACAGCUGGCAAGUUUGGCCUUGGAGUUCAAAACAAAGCAGGGCAAAGGCUAAUAGAGUUCUGCCAAGAGAACAAGCUGGUCAUCACAAACACUCCUUUCCAACACACAAGAGACGACUCUACACAUGGACAUCACCAGAUGGGCAGCAUCGAAAUCAGAUUGAUUAUAUUCUCUGCAGCCAAAGAUGGAGAAGCUCUAUACAGUCAGCAAAAACAAGACCUGGAGCUGACUAUGGCUCAGAUCAUCAGCUUCUUAUAGCAAAAUUCAAGCUUAAACUGAAGAAAGUAGGAAAACCACUGGGCCGGUAAGAUACAAUCUAAGUCAAAUCCCUUAUGAAUACACAGUGGAAGUGAGGAACAGGUUUAAAGAUUUAGAUUUGGUGGACAGAGUGCCUGAAGAACUAUGGAUGGAGGCUCGUAACAUUAUACAGGAGGCAGCAACUAAAACCAUCCCAACGAAAAGGAAAUGCAAGAAAGCAAAGUGGCUGUCCAACGAGGCCUUACAAAUAGCGGGGAGAGAAGGCAAGCAAAAUGUGAGGGAGAUAGUGAAAGAUACAGGAAAUUGAAUGCAGAUUUCCAAAAAUAGCAAGGAGAGACAAGAAGGCCUUCUUAAACGAGCAAUGCAAAGAAAUAGAGGAAAACAAUAGAAUGGGAAAACCAGAGAUCUGUUCAAGAAAAUUGGAGAUAUGAAAGCAACAUUUCGUACAAAGAUUUCCACAAAAGUGGAAAGGACCUAACAGAAGCAGAAGACAUCAAGAAGAGGUGGCAAGAAUACAUAGAGGAACUAUACCAGAAAAAAAUGGAUGUCUCGUACACCCCAGGUAGUGUGGUUGCUGACCUUGAGCCAGACAUCCUGGAGAGUGAAGUCAAAUGGGCCUUAGAAAGCACUGCUAAUAACAAGGCUAGUGGAAGUGAUGAUAUUCCAGCUGAACUAUUUAAAAUUUUAAACGAUGAUGCUGUGAAGGUGCUACACUCAAUAUGCCAGCAAGUUUGGAAAACUCAGCAGUGGCCAGAGGAUUGGAGAAGAUCAGUCUACAUCCCAAUCCCCAAGAAGGGCAGUGCCAAAGAAUGCUCCAACUACCGCACAAUUGCACUCAUUUCACACGCUAGCAAGGUUAUGCUUAAAAUUCUACAAGGCAGGCUUAAGCAGUAUGUGGACCGAGAACUCCCAGAAGUGCAAGCUGGAUUUCGAAGGGGCAGAGGAACCAGAGACCAAAUUGCAAACAUGCUCUGGAUUAUGGAGAAAGCUAGAGAGUUCCAGAAAGACAUCUACUUCUUCGUCAUUGACUUCGCAAAAGCCUUUGACUGUGUUGACCACAGCAAACUAUGGCAAGUUCUUAAAGAAAUGGGAGUGCCUGAUCAUCUCAUCUGUCUCCUGAGAAAUCUCUAUGUGGGACAAGAAGCUACAGUUAGAACUGGAUAUGGAACAACUGAUUGGUUCAAAAUUGGGAAAGGAGUACGACAAGACUGUAUAUUGUCUCCCUGCUUAUUUAACUUAUAUGCAAAAUUCAUCAUGCGAAAGAUGAAUCCCAAGCUGGAAUUAAGAUCACCGGAAGAAAUAUCAACAACCUCAGAUAUGCAGAUGACACAACCUUGAUGGCAGAAAGUGAGGAGGAAUUAAAGAACCUUUUAAUGAGGGUGAAAGAGGAGAGCGCAAAAUAUGGUCUGAAGCUCAACAUCAAAAAAACGAAGCUCAUGGCCACUGGUCCCAUCACCUCCUGGCAAAUAGAAGGGGAAGAAAUGGAGGUAGUGAGAGAUUUUACUUUCUUGGGCUCCAUGAAUACUGCAGAUGGUGACAACAGUCAUGAAAUUAAAAGACGCCUGCUCCUUGGGAGAAAGGCGAUGGCAAACUUAGACAGUAUCUUAAAAAGCAGAGACAUCACCUUGCCAACAAAGGUCCGUAUAGUUAAAGCCAUGGUUUUCCCAGUAGUGAUGUAUGGAAGUGAGAGCUGGACCAUAGAGAAGGCUGAUCGCUGAAGAACUGAUGCUUUUGAAUUAUGGUGCUGGAGGAGACUUUUGAGAGUCCCAUGGACUGCAAGAAGAUCAAACCUCUCCAUUCUUCAGGAAAUCAGCCCUGAGUGCUCACUGGAAGGACAGAUCAUGAAGCUGAGGCUCCAAUACUUUGGCCACCUCAUGAGAAGAAAAGACUCCCUGGAAAAGACCCUGAUGUUGGGAAAGAUGGAGGGCACAAGGAGAAGGGCAUGACAGAGGACGAGAUGGUUGGACGGUGUUCUCGAAGCUACAAACAUGAGUCUGACCAAACUGCGGGAGGCAGUGGAAGACAGGAGUGCCUGGCGUGCUCUGGUCCAUGGUGUCACGAAGAGGCGGACACGACUAAACGACUAAACAACAACAACGGAGAUACAAAAAUCAUACAAAACAUGAGUGUUGUGUUCCAAAAGCAAGAAAGGAUUGGACCCUGAACCAUUUCCAACGGUGGGGAUAGACACUGCAAUUCAACAAGCAAAAAUAAGCACAAUAUCCAGGACCUGAUGGGUUCUCAGCUAUGCACUACAAAACUUUUCAGGAAAUCAUAGUACUCCUGCUGAAGAAGUGAUGGAUAGAGCUUUAAAAGGUGAAAAUAUUCCAGUGUCAAGGAAAAAUGUGUUAAUUUUUAAAAAAAUGAUAUUUAUUAAAGUUUCAAAGAAAAAAUUACAUAGAUAAAAAGAAAAGAAAAAGAUAAAAAGAUAAAAAAGAAAAAAUACAAAAUACAAAAUACAGGAAAAAGAUAAAAAACACUUUAAAAAAACCACAUUGAUCUUUCCAUAACUUACACUUCAUUUCCUUACUUCCCUGACUUCCUCACACCUCCCUUUUUUGUAUUCCAGUUCUAUUAGUUUAUUCAGCAAUUCCUUUCCCUCUUUGUUUUUGUCUUAAUCCUUUAACUUAAUAUAUUAUAACUUUAGAUUCUCAUCUGUUAACAAUCCGUUUUUACAUACACCUUUAACAUUGCUGCUAAGACCACUUGAUUUCAUUCUGAUAUCAUUCUAACAUUCAGGAAAAAUGUGUUUAUAACACUAAUCCCAAAACAAGAUUUGGCUAUACCUCACCCAAAAAACUUUAGGCCUAUCUCUUUAUUAAACAAUUAUUAUAAAUAAACUUGUAUUAUACUAUAAUCCUGGCCCAAAGGCUGAGAGAAAUAUUGAAGAUACACAAAGAUCAAACAGGCUUUUUAUCUGGCAGACGGAUGAGGAGGAAUGACAAAGAGGCAGUAUUACUAUUCCUGGAUACAGAGAAGGUGUUCAGUAACAUUUCAUGGAUGUUUAUAGAGAAGGUUUUAGAAACAUGGACUUUGGGGGGGGGAUGGAAUUAAAGCAAUUUAUCACAAACAAAGAGCAAACAUACUUAUUAAUGGCAAAGUAAUGGAAGAAUGUAGUAUACAGAAAGGGACAAAACAGGGCUGUCCGUUGUCCCCACUGUUAAUUCAUCUUGCCAAGAAAAUUCGUAGCGAUUCGAGCAGGACAACGAAAUUACAAACUUCAAACAUUUGUGGACGACAUAGUUUUGACACUGGAAAAUCCUUUGAAGAGCGUCCCAAAAGCUUUAGAAGUUAUAACAAAAUUUGGAAAUCGUGCCAGAUUCCAUAUUAAUAAGGAAAAAACCAAAACGAAAAGCUUGUUCCUAUACGCAACAGCAGUUGCAAGAAUAGUUUAUGCAAAAAGUUGGAAAAAGGCUAUCCGACAAGAGACUGCUAGUUACAUAAAUUAAUAGAAUUUGCUGAACUAGCGAGCGUGACAACUAAGAUAAGGACUAUAGAUGGAAAGAUAGAUAUGUUGAGUAUUUAAAACAAAGCAGUAUUAAAGUUAAUUUGCAAGUCGGGUUGAGUUUGUGAUCAGCAGCUGACAAAAUAAGUAAUCAUGAAGGGAAGGGAAAAAGGAUGGAGGUGCAAAGGAGAUUCAAUGAUAUCAAUGAAAGAGAGGUUGGAAUGGUAGGAUGGAAACUGUAUAAUAUAAACUGAAAAAUGAACAAUACUUUAAAAAAUGCCUCUGACUAAUGUUGCCCUGUUUGCCAGUUUCAGCCUUCCCUAGGGCAGGGCGGGUCUCACCCCUCUGUGACCCGGCUGGGGGGUGGAAGUGCCUCCAGGGCUGCAGGACGAAGAGAGCGGGGGCCACUGGCCGCUUCGAUGGAGACACUGCUCCUGGUCAGCUCUUCAUGCUCCCCGUGGUUUGGGACCCCGUUCCCUGGAGACCCCAAGCCUGAGGCUGGGCCCCUUUCUGCCCUUGACGGGAGGGCAGUGAGGGCCAGCGAGGGGCAGGGACCGGCUCCCCUGCCCCCAGGAAGCCGCUGCUUCAUUCCAUCCCCCUUUUACCUGAGUCUCAGCUGGGCCUCUCUUCCUGCUGCUUAAUGCCGCUUGCUGUUCUCUUCAUUCAUUGGCCUUUUUCUUGUUUUAACAGCUUCUUAUUUUACUGGUUGCUUUUGCCUGGGACGGGUCAGUACCCUAAAGGGCAGGAUAAUUAUGAUUUUAAAUAAACCUGCAUUGCAGGAUUGGACUAGGGGACUUGUGAGGUCCCUUCCAACUCUACAAUUCUAUGAUAUCAAUGGGGUCCUCAAUGGUUGCCUUCCCCCUCCCCUCCCCUGUGCCCCCCUCAGGUUUGGGAGCAAAGAGGAGUACAUGGCCUUCAUGAACGAGUUCCUGGAGCUGGAGUGGUCCAGCAUGCAGCAGUUCCUGUACGAGAUCUCCAACUUGGACACCCUCACCAACAGCACCAGCUUUGAGGGCUACAUCGACCUGGGCCGGGAGCUCUCCACCCUCCACGCCCUCCUCUGGGAGGUCAUGCCUCAGCUCAGCAAGGUGCUGGCCCGCCCAGGGUGGGGGAGGGGGAUGCGGGGCCCGCGGCUUCUCCUCCCCCCCUGACCCCCGGCCCGCCUCUCUUCCCCGCCAGGAAGCCCUCAUCAAGCUGGGCCCCCUGCCCCGCCUCCUCAACGACAUCAGCCUCGCUCUCAGGAACCCCCACAUCCAGCGCCAGCCCAGCCACCAGGGCGAGCGACUCCAGGCCAAGCCCGUCAUCCUCCGGGGACCCUCCAGCGACAUACAGUCCACCUACAUGAUGCGGGACCUCAACAGGUCAGGCCGGCGGCACGGGGGCGGAGGGAGGGGGUUGCCAGGGACCCCCGGCCGACACGGCUCUUCUGAGCCUGCUCUGCAUUUGCGCAGAAUGGGAAUGGGCCCUGCGGGUCGGGGUGCAGGAGGGACCUGGAAAGCUCCCCCCCUUGCGGGUCUCUAGCCUGACUUUCCCUCUUCCCCCACAGCUCUGUCGACAUGCAGCCUUACAUGAUGCGAGGCAUGAACAGGUGAGUCUGGCCAGGACCCAAGAGGAAGGCGGGCUGUGCUGGGCCGAGUGCGAGGGGGCUUCUCUCCCUGGGAGGUGGCCAGUCCACCCUUGGCAGGCUGCUCCUCCCCUUUGUGACUGGCUGUGCCCCCUUCGGGGCUCCUGACCCGCCCUCUAGGCAGGCAGGGGCAGGGGGCACUCCCCAGGGCAGUGGGGCUGCUGCUGCCACCGCCGCUGCCCCCUUACCUGCAGAGGGGCCUCAUCCGGCCAACCCCCCUUGCUCUCUCCCCCCUGCAGCUCCAUGGACAUGACCCGCCUGCCGUCGCCCACCAAGGGCGAGAAGGGGGGCUCCAAGGACAUGUUCUUUGUGGCCCGCCCCCCGCUGGCCCGCUCCUCCCCGGCCUACUGCACCAGCAGCUCCGACAUCACCGAGCCUGACCAGAAGGUGCUGAGCGUCAACAAGAGCGUCUCCAUGCUGGACCUCCAGGACAGCCGCAUGAACAGCAUCUCCAACCUCCACAGCGCGGGCGACGUGCUCAACAGCAGCCAGGCCUCCAUCACCGCCGGGCUGGGCCUGCGCCACAGCCGCCUCUCGCAGGGCAGCGGCUCCAGCAUCGCCGCCGGCCUGCGCCUCAGCCAGAUGGGGGUCACCGCCGAUGGGGGCGGCGGGGGCACCUCCUCCUCGGCGGCCCAGCAGCUCAGGAUCCCCCUCUCCUUCCAGAACCCCCUCUUCCACAUGGCCUCCGACGGGCCGGCCGGCGGCCCCCUCCACAGCCACGCCCACCCGCACCGGCCGGCGGAGGGCAACCCAGACGCCUUCGCCCCCUUCCACGGCUACAGCAAGAGCGAAGACCUCUCGGCCAGCAAGCACAUCAUCCACAGCCACAGCUACAGCGACGAGUUCACGCGCCAGGGCUCCGAGUUCACCAAGCGCCAGCUCUCCCUGCAGGAGAACCUGCAGAACAUGCUCUCGCCCCCCCAGAUCACCAUCGGGCCCCAGCCCCAGCGCACAGCCCCGCCCCAGCCCCAGCCCCAGCUGCAGCGGGGCAAGUCCCAACAGCUGACCGUCUCCUCCGCCCAGAAGCCCCGGCCCUCCAGCGGGAACCUCCUGCAGCCCGAGCCCACCUACGGCCAGGCGCGCCCCCGCCAGCAGUCCGUCAGCAAGGAAACCCCCUCCGCCCUCAAGCCAUCCAUCACCAAGCAGGUGAGCAGGGCAGCAGAAGCAGCCUCCCUUGGAAACACGCCCCCCACCCCGGCCCCUCUUCCCAGGCUUGAAAGGCCAGCUGCCGCAGGUGGAAUCUAGUGGAUCAGAGGUAGUGGACAAGGUGCGGCCUCGAGCCAGAGGCCCUUUUAAAAGUGUGCAGUUCUUCGUUACUCUGGUUUAUUAGAUUGAUAUGCUGACCUCAGGGCGAGUCACAAGAUUUAUUACUCUUGCAUGCCUUUCUUCUCCAGGGAGCCCCAGAAUGCAGGCCUGCUUCUCCCUCCCCAUUUCCCCCUCCCAACAACCCUGUGAGGCAGGCGGGGCUGAGAGCCGCUCCCUGUCCCAAGGCCCCCAUUGAGCUUCGUGGCGGAGCGGGGAUUUGGACCGAGGUCUCUCCCAGGUCCUACCCUGACAAGUCCUCUUCUGCGUGUCUCUGGUUUGCCUUUCCUGUUAUUCUGUGUGAUAGUAGUCAUAAGAAGAAGAAGGUUGGGGGAUCCCUUUCCCCUUGGGUCUUAAAACUUGGGUGUUUUGUCUUUCCUUUCUCCUGGCCCCGCGUGCCAGCACAAGGCUUUCUCUCGAGAUGCCAUGAGCUGGCAAUAUUGGUGAUGAGGGGAGGAUGGCGCGGAUCACAGCCUUGCGUCAGUCUCUGCAUGAGAGAGGAAAGAGGCCAUUCCAAUCAAGGCAGAAAGGCUCCUGCAGAGUUCAGGGCUUGCCACGAGGGCCGGUCUCCUUGCCAGGAAGCAGGAUCUCCGUAAGAGAUCAGCCGGUGCGGUCAUUGUCUUUUUCGUUCGCUUUCAGCGGGAGAGAAGUCUGCUUUCAGCCCCUAGGACAGCGAGAUCAUACAGGAUCUCAAGAUUUUUUAAGUUGUAUUUUGCUUCACCUGUAAUGCACUGUGAUCACUCCCAUCUGUCUUGGGAGACAAGGGAGGAGUGCGCCUUUGGAACUGAAGUCAAACGGUUGGAAGUUUGCAGUGCCUGCUGUGGCUGCAGAAACCGAUAGGGGAGAGACAUGUUCAGUUGCAGCUGGGGCAGAUGAAGGCAUCCAGCUAUGCUUCUGCACAUGCACCAUGGCAUUUAUUCUCUCUGUGCUCCUCGCAGCGGUCAUUCCUCCUCUGGUUACGGCUGUCGGUCUCCUGGCACUGCAGUCGUGUUGCCAGCCUUCAUCUCACAUUUACAGACAUCUUUGUACUUACAGUAGGCAUAGGUAUGAUAGUCAGUUUGGGUCUUAAAGCCAUUAGGAGAGGGAGCCCACAGAUUUCCUUGAAAUGGGUUCUCCUAAAUUCUCCCAGGAGUUUUUCUCCCAUUUCUGCCACUGCUGCUGCCAGGAGCUUCAGAGGAGGAGUUGGCAUCUGCCCCUGUUUGCAAAAGCUGGCCAGAUUUUGCAGCUUCCUGGGCACGCGCCUCUUAUCCCCAUCUCUGGCUGCAGGUGCCCAGUCUCCUCGUGCUUUUCCCACAAGCUUUCGGUGAAGUUUGGGAGGAUGAGUGGAGUUUCUCUCCAGUAGGUUUGAGGUGGUCCAGCGUUCCUUUGCUCCUGCCUUGGUAUAUAAAAUUUACAUACUUCUCGACUGUAGGAAAACCAUAAAAUUGUCACUGAAAAAAUUUGCAACUGUCGAUUUGGAACGGAUUAGGUCCCUUUGCCCAGAGUCUGUCAGCUGGAACACAGAUUUGGGGAGCUGGUGUUAAUCUCUGAAAGACUGUAUUUGCUCCCACGAACCCGCCUGGGUUUUGAGAUCUCCCAGCAAGGCCCUUUUGUUGCCUUGCCACCCUGCCUGGCACCCUUGGGGGGGAGGCGGGACAGGGCCUUCUUGGUGGUGGCUGCUCCCAGGCACCUUGGGAACACCUGGCCUAGGGAGGCCAGGCAGGCUCCCUCCUUGUCCCUCCAUCCCAAAAGGCUUUGGGGAACUGGCCACUCUUCAUGAAAAGGACUGGUGCCCUGCGGUUUUUAUUGUAAUUAUCUGUAUGCUUUAAACAGAUUUUAGGUACACAUACAGUAGGCCUGGAAAGGGAGCGGGUGGCGCUGUGGGUAAAACCUCAGCGCCUAGGACUUAGAAUCAUAGAAUCAUAGAGUUGGAAGAGACCACAAGGGCCAUCGAGUCCAACGCCCUGCCAAGCAGGAAACCCCAUCAGAGCACUCCUGACAUAUGGUUGUCAAGCCUCUGCUUAAAGACCUCCAAAGAAGGAGACUCCACCACACUCCUUGGCAGCAAAUUCCACUGUCAAACAGCUCUUACUGUCAGGAAGGUCUUCCUAAUGUUUAGGUGGAAUCUUCUUUCUUGUAGUUUGGAUCCAUUGCUCCGUGUCCGCUUCCCUGGAGCAGCAGAAAACAACCUUUCUCCUUCCUCUAUGUGACAUCCUUUUAUAUAUUUGAACAUGGCUAUCAUAUCACCCCUUAACCUCCUCUUCUCCAGGCUAAACAUGCCCAGCUCCCUUAGCCGUUCCUCAUAAGGCAUCGUUUCCAGGCCUUUGACCAUUUUGGUUGCCCUCCUCUGGACACGUUCCAGUUUGUCAGUGUCCUUCUUGAAUUGUGGUGCCCAGAACUGGACACAGUACUCCAGGUGAGGUCUGACCAGAGCAGAAUACAGUGGCACUAUUACUUCCCUUGAUCUAGAUGCUAUACUCCUAUUGAUGCAGCCCAGAAUUGCAUUGGCUUUUUUAGCUGCCGCGUCACACUGUUGGCUCAUGUCAAGUUUGUGGUCAACCAAGACUCCUAGAUCCUUUUCACAUGUACUGCUCUCAAGCCAGGUGUCACCCAUCUUGUAUUUGUGCCUCUCAUUUUUUUUGCCCAAGUGCAACACUUUACAUUUCUCCCUGUUAAAAUUCAUCUUGUUUGUUUUGGCCCAGUUCUCUAAUCUGUCAAGGUCAUUUUGAAGUGUGAUCCUGUCCUCUGGGGUGUUAGCCACCCCUCCCAGUUUGGUGUCAUCUGCAAAUUUGAUCAGGAUGCCCUUGAGUCCAUCAUCCAAGUCAUUGAUAAAAAUGUUGAAUAAGACCGGGCCCAAGACAGAACCCUGUGGCACCCCACUAGUCACUCUUCUCUAGGAUGAAGAGGAACCAUUGAUGAGCACCCUUUGGGUUCGGUCAGUCAGCCAGUUACAAAUCCACUGAGUGGUAGCAUAGUCAAGACCGCAUUUUACCAGCUUCUUUACAAGAAUAUCAUGGGGCACCUUGUCAAAUGCCUUGCUGAAAUCAAGGUAGGCUACAUCCACUGCGUUCCCUUCAUCUACCAGGCUUGUAAUUCUGUCAAAAACGAGAUCAGGUUAGUCUGACAUGACUUAUUUUUCAGAAAUCCAUGCUGACUAUUGGUGAUCACAGCAUUCCUUUCUAGGUGCUCACAGACUGUUUGCUUAAUGAUCUGCUCCAGAAUCUUCCUGGUAUUGAUGUCAGACUGACUGGGCGGUAAUUAUUUGGGUCCUCUCUUUUUCCCUUUUUGAAAAUAGGGACAACAUUUGCCCUCCUCCAGUCUGCCGGGACUUCGCCUGUUCUCCAGGAAUUCUCAAAGAUGACUGCCAGUGGUUCUGAGAUCACAUCUGCCAGUUCUUUUAAUACUCUUGGAUGCAGUUCAUCUGGCCCUGGAGACUUGAAUACAUCUAAACUAGCCAAGUAUUCUUGUACUAUCUCCUUAGUUAUUCUGGGCUGUGUUUCCUUUGCUGAAUCAUUUGCUCGCAUGGUCGGCGGUUCGAAUCCCCGCAGUGGGGUGCGCUCCCGUCGUUUGGUCCCAGUGCCUGCCAACCUAGCAGUUUGAAAGCACCCCCGGGUGCAAGUAGAUAAAUAGGGACCGCUUACCAGCGGGAAGGUAAACGGCAUUCCGUGUGCUGCGCUGGCUCGCCAGAUGCAGCUUGUCACGCUGGCCACAUGACCCGGAAGUGUCUUCGGACAGCGCUGGCUCCUGGCCUCUAGAGUGAGAUGAGCGCACAACCCUAGAGUCUGGCAAGACUGGCCCGUACGGGCAGGGGUACCUUUACCUUUACCUUUUACAGUAGGCCUGAGCGAUAUAUUGAUGUUUGGUUGGUGAAAACCCAACAUUGCCCAGCCCUAGCAUACAGUCUUAAUUCUAUUAAUUGCUUUUUUAUCAUUGUUUUUUUCUAUUUUUAUUUGUAAGCCACCUUGAGUCCCAUCAGGGGGAAAUGGUGGGGAAUAAACAAAUAAAUAUAUAAUAAUACAUUUAUUUUAUGUAUUAUUAUGUAUGUGUCAGCGGAAGUGUGUCGCAUCAUCUCUGCAUUCUGUAUGGCGGAUAGUGGCUUUUCUGACUUUUACGUUUGGGGGUCCCAGAGGGGCUCCCCCAAACCUUAUCUGUGUCAGUUUCCUCCUGCUUCAGUAGCUUUAUUUGGUAUUAGCAUUUUAUUGAAAAGUUAUCAAUUAUUUGAAAAAUAAAAUGUUGCGAAGAAAAGGCGAAAAAAAGAACAAAUAAAUAGGCAUAAAAUUGUGUAAAGAAAAAAAGUAUAUAUGAAAAAUACCUUCAUUCAUUCUUUUUCUUUUUCCCCCUUUUUUAUUUCAAAACCAAAAAAAUUUACAAACAUCAAAUUCAAAAUCCAUAUUCAUUUUCUAACAUAAGCCUAUUACAUAGAUUAUCUAAAUUAAUAUAUAUAUAUAUAUUAUUUUAUUUUGUACCCUCAUUCAUUCUUAUAGGAUACCAUGCAUAGUAUAGGAUAAUAAUUAGCCAACUACAUUUUGUAUAAACGCAUUCCAAAUAUUGCCAUAUUUUUGGUUCCUCAGAAACUUGACUCAGAAACGUAAGGGGCGAGAUGUCUAGUGAGGAAUCUAAUGAGUUUCAGAAUUGUUUCUUUGAAUAAAAUAGGAAAGAAUAAAAGUAAAAAAGUGGAAAUAUAUAUAUAUAUAUAUAUAUAUAUAUAUAUAUAUAUAUAAAAUUGUCCAGUAGCACCUUAGAGACCCACUAAGUUUGUUACUGGUAUAAGCCUUUGUGUGCAUGUGCACUUCUUCAGAUACACACGAAAGCUUAUACCAAGAACAAACUUAGUUGGUCUCUCAGGGGCUACUGGACAAUUUUUUAUUUUUUAUUUUUUUAUAUAUUUCAGCUGUGUCAGACCAACACGGCUACCUACCUGGCAGUCAAAAGUGUUGAGCUGAGACAUCUUUCUCCUCAGAAGAGGCAGGAAGGCGGGCAGAGACGUGGGCGCCCUUCUCUCGCCCAGGCCUUUUCCCUCCCCAGGGGGGCUCAAAAUGUCUCCCUGCUGAAAGCGGCCUCUCCCUCUCCCACCGGCAGGAGGAUUCAGAAGGCAUGAGAGGAAACCUCGGAGCGGCUCAGGACAAGAAGGUCCUUCUCAGUCGCCUCCAUGCAGAACGAAAGAGAGGAACGUUUCCCUCACGAGUCCGAGAGGAGGGCUGGGGGGGCAAGGGGGUGUGUGUCAAAAUUCAAGGAUAGUAUUCAAUCAAUCAAUCAAUCAAUCAAUCAAUCUUUUAUUGGUACCCUGCCCUCCCCAUCCAGAGCUGGGCUCAGAGCAGCUAACAUCAUAUAAGUAAUACAACAUGCAUAAAAACAAGCAAUCAAUUGAUUAAAAUGCAUACACACACACACACACACACACACACACACACACAGAGUGAGGGGGGAAAGUAUUUGAUCCCCUGCUAAAUUUGCCCUCUGACAAAUAAAUGACCAGUCCACAAUAUUAAUGGUAGGUUUAUUGUAGCUGUGAGAGACAGAAUAACAACAGGAAAACCCCCAGAAACCCAAAAGACAAAAGUCAGAGAUAGAUGUGCAUUAUAAUGAGUGAAAUCAGCAUUUGAUCCCCUAUCAACCAGCCGGAUGUCAGGCUGCCUGGUAUCUUCACUGUAUGUAACAAGCUGAGAUUAGAAGAAAAAAAUUCACCACUGUGCAAGCAGAUUUUUAUUCUGAAAGUGUGGCCCAGAAAAGCAUCCCUCUCCAGAGGAUGGAUUGGAACUGGCCUCCUGCAAAAACAACAGGAGGGAAUUGUCUUUUUUCUCGUAUUGUGGAGCGUCUCCUAUAGCUAUGGAAAAGGAAUAGUUUCUUCUCUUUUCUCUCAGUAUUCAAUUCAUUGGCCCCUGAAAUUCGCUCCACAGAGUCCAGUUUUCGGUGAGGAAUUGCGUAGCGAGCCCACAAUUUCCGCUCGCAUAGCAAAUAAACAAAUCCCACUGAUUCUUGUGGGGAAAUGUCUGCCGUGUUCCUGACCACGGACUCUGUGGUGCGUCUAGGGAGGUUUCGGUACUAAAGCCUCAUGUUCGGAUAACUGAAUUUUUGCUUGGUGAAUAUUCGUAAAGUGGGACCUGUGUCCAUAAUACCUUUUCUUUCCCCCCUCUUUUUGAUAACAAUUUAUUGACUUCCCAAAACUAACAGAACAACAACAAAAAAAGAAAAGAAAAAAUCAUAAACGGAUUAAGCCAUCAUUUUUUGGUCGACUUUAGUUCCAUUAUAAUAUACUUGUUUCUGCACAUCCAUAAAAUCGUAUAUACUUAACAAUCCAAUUUUAAAACCUUCUUCAUCUUAUUACAAGUGACUUUUACAAGUUAUACUAAUGUAAAAAUCUGUACGCAAAGCUUUAAAAUUAUGCAUUGAACAAUUGCCCAUUUUUGUAAUAAUUUGUCCUGCAUAGUUCAGUAAUUUGUCAAUCUUCUUCUUUAUCUUCUUUGGCCGAGGCUUCUUCCUUUCAUAGGUGCUGACUGUUCUUGGCCUGGCAUGCAGCCCCACAAAUCGGAACAAAGUAUUUCGCUCAAACAGUCCAUCAAGUCCUGUACCUCUCAAUAGCAUAACUUCAAAUUUUUUUAACAACAAUCAUUUCCCACAUUUUCUUCAAAUCUUUAUAUUUCUUUUCCCAGGCCAUUUUGAUAAUUUUGCAUUGCCACCACAUAAGGUAGCGUCUUAAACCUUCUGCCCUCCCUGUUUGAUUCUUCUCUAACAUAGUUAAAGCCUCCCGAAUCAUUUCAGAUGAGGUACCAUCUUUGUCAGUCAGGUAGUUUGAGGAUGGAGGUCCUGGUGACCAUUGGGCAUGUUCUUUCUCUGACCAGGGCUCCGUCUUUUUUUUGGGGGGGAGGUGUAUAAUAGCUCCAUUCUGGCCCAGGAGACUGUGUUUUCCAGAUCUGUUGAAUCUAUCAAUGUGGGAACCCUGGACGCCGCCCCUUCUCCCAGACCAUCUCAGUCAGGAUCCAGCCUUCCAUCUUCAGGCAGACGUCUUCCACCUGACUGCUUAGAGGCUGAAAGGAUCUGUGGAUUUGUAGCUCGUUGACUGGCUGAACACAAAGAGCGCUCAUUAAUGGUUCCUCGUCCUCCUGGGGAAAAGUGACCAGUGGGGUGCCUUAGGGUGCUGUCCUGGGCCUGUUGUUCAACGUCUUUAUAAAUGACUUGGAAGAAGGAACUGAGGGGAUGCUCAUCCCAUUUGCAGAUGACACCACAUUGGGAAGGGUAGCUAAUGCCACAGAAGACGGAUUUGGGAUUCAAGAUGACCUUAACAGAUUGGAGAACUGGGCCCAAACUAACAGAACGAAUUUCAAUAGGGACAAAUGUCAGGUUCUGCGUGUAGGCAGGAAGAACCAGAUGCACAAAUAUUGGAUGAAGGACACCUGGCUCACUAGCAGUACAUGUGAAAAGGAUCUAGAGGUCUUGGUGGAUCACAGUGUGAUGCAGCAAAAAAAAAGCUAAUGCUCUUCUAGGCUGCAUCAGCAGAAGUCCAGUGUCCACAUCAAGGGAAGUCAUAGUCCCACUCUAUUCUGCUUUAGGCAGACCAAUACUGUGUCCAAAUCUGGGCGCCACAAUUUAAGAAGGAUGUUGAGAAGCUGGAAUGUGAGCACAGAAGGGCAACCAAGAUGAUCAAGGGUCUCUAAGAAGCCAAGCCUUAGGAGGAACAGUUGAAGGACUUGGGUAUGUUUAGCCUGGAGAAGAGGAGGCUGAGAGGAGAUAGGAGAGCCAUCUUCAAACAUCUGAAGGGCUGAACCAUGGUAGAGGGAGCAAGCUUGUUUUCUCCUUCUCUGGAGGGUGGGCCUUGAACCAGUGGCUUCAAGUUACAGGAAAGGAGAUUCCAACUCAACAUCUGGAAGAGCUUUCUGACAGUGGAAGGGGCUCCCAGGAGAGGUGGUGGACUCUCCUUCCUUGGAGGUUUCUUAGCAAAGGUUGGACGGCCAUUUGCAGGACUUUCUCUUGGAUGUUCCUCAUACAUUUGUGAAUCCGUAUUAAGUAAAAGGUUUUCCCUCAGCUGACACUUAUUGUGAACUUGCCCCACCUCCGUUUCUUCCUCUGCAUUCUCUUAGUCUUACAGAGUGCGGAUUCACAGGGUUUUGAACGGAGGUGUAAAUGUGGAGGUGUUCCUAAUGUCUGUGUCUGCUGUGGCAGCAUGUUUUGUACUGGGCACGGUCACCGUGGCUGUUUCUCGUCCAGUGGGGUCGAGGGGUCAUUCUUAGCUCUGCCAGUUAGAUCUGGAGGGCAGGCUGGAUCCACCCCCUGAAAGAGGAGGCAAAAGGCUUGAGGGGCCCUGUCAGUCCGGGGGAAGAGGCUGAAUGUUCUGCAGUCCACUCUUUGCAUGGACAGGCCCAAUUCCCACCAUCACUUUGCUCAGAGAGUUGCUUCCAAGCUUCAGGGGUCCAUGGACUCUCAGAGGAGAACAGGGGUGUGCAACACAGCAGAGAUGAGAGCGAUGGGGCCUGGUGGAAGGGGGGUUGGAGGCCCAACUGACUUGCUCCCCCCCCCCGGUGCCCCUUCUGCCCCUGCAGCAAUCGCACACGCCUUCAACGCUGAACCCCGUCAUGCCGGCCUCCGAGAGGACAGUCGCCUGGGUCUCCAACAUGCCCCACCUCUCGGCGGACAUUGAGAGCUCCCACAUUGAGCGGGAGGAGUACAAGCUGAAGGAGUACUCCAAGUCCAUGGACGAGAGUCGGCUGGACCGGGUAACUGGGGCACGUUUGGGGCGGAGUGGCCUGUGUGGGCUCCGUGGGGCUGGUGGCGGGGCGGCUUCCGGGCUCGGUUGCAAGACAGCUCCCUCCCUCGCCCUGGUGCAGGUGAAAGAGUACGAGGAGGAGAUCCACUCGCUGAAGGAGCGGCUGCACAUGUCCAACCGGAAGCUGGAGGAGUACGAGCGGCGCCUGCUGACCCAGGAGGAGCAGACCAGCAAGAUCCUCCAGCAGUACCAGCAGCGGCUGGAGCAGAGCGAGAAGCGCCUCCGGCAGCAGCAGGUGGAGAAGGACUCCCAGAUCAAGAGCAUCAUCGGCAGGUGAGCUGCAGGUCGGAGCCGCGGGAGGGGAGGGGGAGGCCCCGGGGGGAGGGGGCAGCAGGCAGGGGUCCCCCCAGCUGGGCAGGGGAUCCCCCAGGAGGAGAGGCCCCUGGCGGGGAGGGGCCUGGGGCAGGGGGGCUCCCGCCGGGCGGCCGCUCCCCGGGCCGCCAUGGGAGCCCCCCUUUCCCGCAGCUGCUGGCGGCCCCGGCUCCCGCCGCCUGCCUGCUGGGUGGGGGGGCCCGGAUUGACUCCAGUGAAGCCUGUCCCUGCAGGUUGAUGCUGGUGGAGGAGGAGCUGCGCAGGGAUCACUCGGCCGCCCUCGACGCCUCCGAAACGCGGAAGCGGCUGCUCGACGCUCAGGUGGAAAUUACAAUGUCAUUGUUCUAGCCCAUGUCUCCAUCGCCAUCCCUGUCUGCGUCUCCCCGCCCGCCCGCCCUCCCUCCGUCCUCUGCUCACCUCACCCCUGGGCAUGCCGCCCCCACCCUGCCGCCGCCUGAGUCCGCUUCUGCCUCUCCCCCCUUCUGCAUGGCGGGAGGGGGCUGGGCCUGGGCAGGGAAGGAGGGAGGGAGGGAGGCUCCCCGUCUGCUGACACCUGGCCCCACACACUGGGUAGGGGGACGGGGUUCAGAGUCCCUUUGCCUGGCCCUGCCCAAGUGUGGGUCAGAAGAGGGGCGCUGAGCUGCAGGGGGUGCCAGAAGGUGAGGGGGGAGGGGAGGGGCUGUCUUCCUGCCGGCUGGGCCUUUUCUGGCCUGGGAUGCCCUCGGUCCCGGGCGCUCCCCCUCUGCCAAGCAGGAGUUCCUCCAGCCGGAGGGUCUGUGUUCAGUUCUGGGGGGGCCCUGGGGGUGGAUGGAGUGCCUGCAAUGGAAAGUGAGACCCUCCCCAGAGCAUCAGGGGGCUUGCUGUCUGCAUGGCAGGUGCCCGAAGAGCCAGGUGGGGCCCAGGGCCAGAGUCUCUGCCCUCUGAAACCCAUCUCCUGUGGGGCUGGUGACCUGGGGAACCAUCCAUAAGGCUCUUCUUACAGCCCGGUGUUUGGCCUGGCUGGGGGGCACACAGGGUCUCCCCACGGCGCACAGGAGCCCUUCCCCCUCCAGCCCCUCGUCCGCCUCCUUGGCAUUGGAAAGAGAUGGACGGGGGGCUGUGGGAGAUGCCCACCUGCCCCUUCUCCUUGCCCUGCCCAGGCCCUCCCCUCCCCACCCUGCCCCACAGCUGCUGGGGGGUCCCUGACCCAAUCACUGUGUUUUCUCCGUUUCAUCCUAGCUGUUCACCAGGUAACUCUGUAUGACUCAGCUUUUCUCACAUGGAGGGAUCGGGGGGACACCCGCCACUCAGUAGCCGACCAGGUGGGUCCCGUACACGCCCCUUGCCCCUCUCCAGCCCCCCGUAAGGAGUAGACCCUCUCUUCCUCCUCCCUCCCUCUCCCCUGCCUUUCCUCUUCCUGAUCCUCCUUUAUGUCCCUAUAGGUGUGGGGGUGACCCUCUAGGGGGACCCCACUGGGUGCCCACCUGUAGGAGGACAGCCUCAUUCUGGGUUCUUGUUUUUUUGGGGGGGAAGGAGGUCCUCAAGUCAAAAGCUUGGCAGUGGGUACCUGCUGCCCUUGGGGGGAGGGGGAGGGGUGGGGUGCCCUCCCCCCUGAACAUCAGUUGGAGGGAGGGGGCGGUUCUGUCCACUUGCAGCAGGAGCAGCCUCUUGGACACCCACCUCCCCCUCCCCCUAGGGAGGCCGGAAGCACCACAGGGGCACCCAGGGCCUUUUCAGCCCCCCAACCCAUGCUGCCCGCCCCAGCGUGACCCCAGGCCCCCCGCCUCCCGCACUGCUGCCCCGCCCCCCGUUUGUCUUGUGUCUGUCCGCACCACAUUCCACUGGACACCCAGCACUGUCUGUUCCCGGGCGGGAGGGGAUUGUGCAUGUGCCUGGAGGGGGGCGGGCAGGGUCCUGUGUGCAUGGGGGGAGGGUGUGGGAGGACCCCCCUCCACCGGUCUGGCAAGGAGGUGGCCAGACGCUCCCAGGCACAGGGGGGGCCGGGCGAGUGGUGGUGGACAGCUGGCCCAAGAGGUUAGUGCCAGCCAGGGGGGCGGGAGUGGCGGCAUGUGGGGCUGGGGUGUGUGAGGCACUGUCCCUGGUGAACCCGGUGCCCGACUGCUGCCCUCCUACACGGUUUAGUGGGGGCGAGCAUGCCAGUGGCCAUGUGGGGGGAGCCCUCCUGAUGACACUCCACCCCUUAGAGAGGGAGCCCCAGGAUGGGUGAGGGGGCACCUUUGGGGUCACCAGGGAGGGUGAUAACGGCCUCAUUCCUCCCUGGGCUCAGCAUAAUCAGGGGCAGUCCUGCCCAGCUUCCUCCCCCCUUGUAGGUGGUUCAAAGGUGGUGGGGGCACUCAUCCUGCACAAGGGUCUGGCCUGGGAAGAUGUGAAAGGAAUUGUGGGAUCUGCAGAAGGGGGGGGAUUCCUGGGUGCUUCCAAAAGGCCUGUCCUGCUCCCCUCCGUUUGCCACAACUGGGUGUCCCCACAGCUCCCUCCCUUUUGCCCCUCUUGGGGGGCUAUGGGGUUGCCCUUGAGCCUCCUGGCUCUCCUUCCUGGCCUGCCCCCCCGGUCAAUCCCUGUCAAGUGUUCUUGGAAGGGGCGAAGGCAGAGGGCAUUCCCUCGCUAGCCUGUAUCUCCCAUGUGGGUGCCUCCUCUCCCCCUCCUCCUGCUUGGGAGGGAGGCCUCAAGUUCUGCCCCACUCAGCCCAGCCUGGGGCCCCCAGGGUGGGCUUGAAGCUCGGGGUCCGCAGAGGAAGAUCCUUCUCUUUCUGAGGGGUGUGCCGUAGUCAUGGAUUACAGUGGACGUGUCCACGUCUGGGCCUCCUCUCGGGGUCCCUGGAGCAGGGAGGACAGUUGCACCCCCAACGCAGCCACGAAGGGGGGCAUCAGAGUGGGGGGAAGGCCUGCUGCAGCCGAGGGGCCUGCACCCACAAUGCUCAGGAAGGCCUGUUCUCCGGAAGCACCCUGGGAGUGGCUGGGCUGGGGGGUGAGCAGUUCCCCGUGGGAGGAAGGAAGGGGGCAGGAUGGAGGCCUCUGGGAAAGCAGGGGGAUUCCUGAGACCCAAACGGGGCCUAUCCUGCUGGGGGGCUCAGGGCAGGGCCAGGAAAGGGCGUCUCCACCCAGCGGGGGUUGCUAUGGGGAGCUGAAAGAAGGGGCCGAGCCAAGGACACAGCCCAGCCUCAGGCGCUCAGCUCCUGCCGGGGGCCACUUGUGGGCACGGGGGGGCUGCAGUCCUGCCGUCCUUGUGGGGACGCCUGGCUGGCCCCACAGAUCCGCCAUGGGCUGAGCCGGCUCUCAGGCCAAGCCCUGGGAGAGCCACAGGGUGUCCCAGCCAGCCCCAUGGGCCCACAGCUGGAGUCCCAAAGCGGCCCCCAAAUGGGGGGAGGAAGGCCCUUGGACCCCCUUGGGCUGCUGGGGGAGGCCGCUUCUAUUGGCCUCCGUGGGUGGCGCCGCAGAGGGGCCCUAGCGGGAAGGGUGGGGGCUGCCUUGCGAGAGCCAGCACCCCCCAACGUUAAUAAAUAAGUGCCCCCUCUUGCCCCCUCUGUUACAGGAGAGGCAGCUUUCCGCCGUGGGUGCAGCAAACCCGCGUCUGAGCGCCGCUAUGGGGCAGCCCUGGAACGGGAUCCACUCCGGGCAACCGCCUCCGCCCCCGCGACUCCAGAUCACGGAAAAUGGAGAGUUUCGCAACACCGUGUCUGAGCACUAGCGGCCGCCCCCUGCCUCCCCCCACCUCCCCGAGCCGGCGUGGGGUGGGUGGGGCGGGGCGGGGGUCCGGCCCGCCUGCCUCCGGGUGCAGGGAGGGGGCGGGAGCAUUUUCAGGGUGUUUUAUAGCAGGACACAGACGACAAUCUUAACCCCCAUCACACCCUCUCUGACCCCCACCCCUGCCCCACAGAGCACCACCUUCCCCUGCUCUGCCCCCAAACAGAGUGGGGGGUCCUCCCUCCCUCACUCCCCCCAGGUAUUUCUCAGGAGUGGCAUCCCCUUGCUCCCCCCCCCCGCUCCCCCCAUCGCAGCAUUGACCUUCCUCCCCAAGGCAGCAGCCCCAGCAAGGGGGGGAGGGUGCUGUUCCCUCUUGGGCCCCCCUCCCUGGCCUGGGGGGGCAGGAAGUUCGCCCGCAGGGGGGAGGCUGGUCCCGAUUCCCUUGCCACGUGCACUUGCCUCAGCCAGCUGCCAUGACGGGUGGGGCUGCCCCCGCGCCCCCCACCUGCUCAUUCUCUUCUCCAGAGGGGAGGGGAGGGAAGGCUGGGCGGGAAGGGGAGGACCCUCCCAGGCCCCAAAGCUCCGCACUGCCCAGUCCCCCCCAGGCAAGGCUGUGCCUCCCUCUCCCCCCAUUCUGCGCUCUCCAUCCUCUGACAAAGGGCUUUGCCUGCUCUGUACAGUGACCCCCCUCUUGGUUUCUGGAUAUUCUGGAUUCUUUCUCUCUCUCUUUCUCUCUCUUUUCCUCUGUGUUGUGGGGGGCAGCGCAGGGCAGGGCAAGGGGGGGUUGACUCUUUUCUUCUUCCCUUUCCUCCCCCUCCAGGCUCCCACCCCCCAUUUCCGACCGGGGGAGGGGGCCUGACCAACUCUCUCUCUGUCUCUCAAAGAAGCCAUGUUUGACCUGCCCAGCCAGCCCAAAGCGGGGCCCUCAAGAUGGGUGGGGACCCCCUGCCCCCCUGGAGAGAAGCAAAGGGGCGGGGGCCACCCCCACUUGGCGUGGUGCUGCUGCUCUGCUGGCCCCCCUGUCCGUUGCCCGCCUGCCCGUUGUGCUUUUGGUUCCUGAGCUGAGCUGCUGCAGGGUGAGAAGUGUUCGGCACAAGAGUUCGUGGUUGUCGUGGCUGUUUUCUCCCCCCCUCCCCGCUGCGCAUCGCCCCAGCCCCUCUCCCCCAGCCCCGCUUUGAGCCCCUGACCAUUUCCGCCCUCUUUGACCCCCAUAUUUAUUUUGUAAGGACUCUCCUUCCCUCCCCCACCCCUCUUUCUUUCUCCCCCCCCCCCCGGACAAUGACGGUGGCUCAGGCGGGCACCGUAGAUAUUUAUACGUAUUAUUAUGAUGAUGAAUUAUUAUUAUUAUAAUAUAAAGAGAUUGUACAUAUGUGAAGUCCCCGCUGCCUGCUCCCCACGGACUUGCCCCCCCUGGUGUAAUUACCGCGGGAUUUGUACUGUACAUAUGAAGAGCUGCUCCUUCUCUCUCUUUCUCUCUCUCUCUGCCUCCUUCCCCCCCUCUCUCUCUCGAACUCAGAGCCUGUGUACAUAUUUCCUCCCUUUGGAAGGGGGGGUUCAGGUCACUCCGGCCUCCCCAGGCAUCUUCUCUCUUUCUCUCUCAAGCUCUCAAGUUUAUUUUAUGUCAAAUUUAUUUUUUUCUCAUUUUUUCUGGAGUGUGUGGUGAAAACAGACGAAAAUGUUUAAUAAAAAGCAAUUGGUCUUUUAUGC